CAUAAAUCUCCAAAAACACCCCACAUGUAUAUAUUUUUCUUGAACUAGAUAACCCAGGGUAUUCAUCUAAGAAUAUUUUGAUACUUUCUAUGCAGCCAUUUUACCACAAACCUUUGCCAAACUUUGCAAAGGUAGUUAAUUUUUUUUUACAUACAUUGCAAUUCAGGUAUAAAUUCACAGAUUCUGUUAGGUGUCACUGCCAAACAACACCCCAAUUUGUGUUCAGCAACAUCUCCCGAGUACAGGGAUACCCCCCAUGUAUAGGUGUGUCAGGUUGUUGGGGGGCUAAAAGGUCACAUUUGGCAGGUGCGCAUUUCAGUUUCCCAGCUUGGAAUUUUGACAUGUAGUCAACCUGCAUGCAUGUCCUAUUUGGGACAUUUUUGAAGCCGGCCAAUGUAUUUUACCCCCAUCAAACCAUAUAUUUUUGAAAAGUAGACAGCCUAGGGUAUUUCACAUUGUGGUAUUUUAACACUUUCCAUGCACUAAUUCUACCACCAGGCUUUGUCAAACAUUGAGUUAGUAAUUUUUUUUCUGUUUUUUUCCCACACACAUUGUCCUUUAGGCAUGAAUUAACAGAUCCUGUUAUGUAUCACUGCCAAACAACACCCCAAUAUGUGUUCAGCACGAUCUCCUGAGUACAGUGAUACCACCCAUGCAUAGGCCGGUCGGGUUCUUUGGGGGCUAAAAGGCCACGUUUAGCAGGUGCGCUUAUCAGUUUCCCAACUUUGAAUUUUGACAUGUAAUCAACCUGCGCCCACGUCCCGCUUGAGCCAAUGUAUUUUACCCCCAUCAAACCAUAUAUUUUUGAAAAGUAGACAACCCAGGGUAUUGGUGGUAUUUUAACACUUUUCAUGCACUGAAUUCUACCACCAGCCUUUGUCAAACUUUUGGGUAGUAAUCUUUUUUUUGUUUCUUUGUCACACACAUUGUACUUUAGGCAUGAAUUAACAGAUCCUGUUAUGUGUCACUGCCAAACAACACCCCAAUAUGUUCAGCAACAUCUCCCGAGUACAGUGAUACCCCCCAUGUAUAGGGUUGCUAAGUUGUUUGGGGGCCAAAAGGCAACAAUCAGAACUUGUACAUGUCAGUUUUUCAACUUGAUAUUUAGGUAUGCUUGGUCUAUCUUCAGUUUGACAUAUUUUUGCACCCCCCAGUUAAUGUUACCAUCAUGACAGUAUAUAUACUAUAUAUUUUUAUAAAGUAGACAUCAAUGGUUAUAGAAGAUGGGGUGUUUUGACACCUUUCCCCCAACCAUGUUGCCCCCCAAAGAAAGUGUAGUGGUAAUUUUUUAAUUCUGUUUUUUAUGCACACGUCAUCUGGUUUUGGCCAGCUGGUUAUGUGUUACUGCCAGAAAACUUGUUAGACCAAAUGUGCAGGUAGCAAAUGUACAUUUAGCAGCAAUCUUUAAACUGACUCAUGCAAAUAGAAUCUAACUGGAGAUUUGGGGGAAGGAAACUGACUAACAAAAAAUGGCUGCUUUCCAAAGAAACAAAAAAUAAAAUAAAAAUUCAGGAACACUUCUUACAACUGUUCUGUGUGGUACAGCUUGAAACAUGUUCCUACACACAGUCCUGGUUUCGAAGGCCAAUCAGGACAGUGAAAAGGGGUGUCUGUCCAUUUCCCGUUUUUAAAAACAGACCCGGCAACGUUUCUGGGGGGGAGAGGGUUCCUAGCAGUUGGCGGUAACUUAAAAAUAAAAUGUCUGGACUCAGCUUGCACCAUUGUUGGAACUUGUCCAUCUCCAUAAAUUGUUAAAGAAAUUAUUUUCAACUGAAAUUGGAAAAAGGUGGUUUUCCCUUGAUUAUUUUUUUUAAAAAGCAAAAAUGAGUUGUGGGUUGCUAUUUGCAUCAAAUAGACAGCCACCUUUUUAUACCAUGCUUUGGUUUUUCGUAAAAUAAGAUAUGGCUGCAUCAGCUUAUCAGCCAAAUCAACACCCACCCUGGAACUUAUUAUACGCCCUGAUGCAAACCGGUUUGGACUCUACUCUGCCCUGGACAGAGACGUCUGACAUGCGUUCAUCAUGGAUGGUGGUUAGCAUGUUGACAUCCUUCCUGUCCCUAAAUUUUAGUGCAAGCACUUCAGCUUUGCGAGGUGCUUUACAUUCGCCUUUUUUAAAAUUUUGCCUCUAUGAGAGAUCGUGGAAAGUCUUUGGAUUUUUUUUUCGGCAGGCAAGUGUCUGUAAACCAUAAAGUGUUUUAAACAGACGGACACUACUACAAAAAAUAUCCACAUAAAGGUGGUAACCUUUUUUAAACAAGGGGGAGGAAGGGGUUAAAGGUUAACCUUUCUCCAGCGCCGGGCUUAAUGCUUUCCUAUGGACGCUGGAGUCUUCUCACUGUGAAAAUCACAGUAAGAAGCACGGAAGCGCCUCUAGCGGCUGUCAUUGAGACAGCCACUAGAGGCUGGAUUAACCCUAAUGUAAACAUAGCCGUUUCUCUGAAACGGCUAUGUUUAUAGCAGUCAGGGCUAACCCUAGAUGGACCUGGCACCCAGACCACUUCAUUGAGAUGAAGUGGUCUGGGUGCCUAUAGUGGUCCUUUAAUGUCGAUAAGUGCAAGAUAAUGCAUCUUGGACAUAAAAACCAAAGGGCAGAGUACAGAAUAUUUGAUAUAGUCCUAACCUCAACAUCUGAGGAAAGGGAUUUAGGAGUAAUUAUUUCAGAUGACAAACGUAGGCAGACAAUGUAAUAGAGCAGCAGGAAAUGCUAGCAGAAUGCUUGGUUGUAUAGGGAGAGGGAUGUGUUCAUGUCAUUGUACAGAACACUGGUGAGACCUCACUUGGAGUAUUGUACUCAGUACAGGAGACCGUAUCUCCAGAAGGAUAUUGAUACUGCCAUACAUGCCCACCCCAUCGCUAAGGGGAUCACACUUCCUGCAGGUGCCAUAUAAUAACGCUUCCAGCAAGGAGAGUAAAAAGGCCCUAGAUAGGUCAAAAAUAAAUACAGAAUGCUACCUGCCCCACAGUGUGUAGACAGGAAAAAAAAAAAGAUCAUAAGGAGGGUCGUAUUUAUUUAUUAUCUGUCCAAUAGGAGCUGGGACAUACCCAUAGUGAUGCUGCAAUGGAUAUGGUUGGGAAAGUAAUUAAGAAAAAUGUAUUUUAUUUACACAGAUUGAGAUCUAAAUAAGUUUAUUGUAGUGUAAAGACAAAUAAUUGUAUUAUUGCUGUGGAGCUCUGUUGUACACUCAGACACCAACAAUAUGGAGCUGUUUACGAAAGUACCCACAUCACCGGCUUUUGGAGGGGCCUGUUUGCCAGCCUCCUACCCUGUGACUAUGGCCCCUGUGUUAAACCCUGGUUGAAAACACUGUUUGUGCCUUUUUGGACUGGUGCAGUUACACUUCGAACUCCUGAAUGGUCAAAGUGGUUUGAAUCGGCAUUCAAACACGUGGCAGUGGCCAACUUAAGCCGCAAGUACAAGCUGUGUUUGGUCGUUGAGUUCACGGAACUCAAAUUGGACACUCAACGGCACGAACACCGCUAUUUACCUUCCAUGGAUGUUUGGCUAUUCGAACGGCAUUCGGUAAGAAUAAACUCACGAACGAGAGACAUAAACUGACUUUGCUCACUAACAGCUGCAUUUGAUAUUAUCAAAAUAGACCGACCACACAGCCUGAUUCUCUGGAACGGUUUUGGGCAUGGGACCAUGCGUGCAGUCGGUCAAAUUGUGGCUUCCAUAGAAUUCAUGAACCCCUGAACAGCACCAACCGAGACAAGACUACUGGAUGAUGGUCUACUACUGCUCUCUGGGGUCACCUUAUGUCCCUUUAUUGGUGUUAUCGCUUCCAUGCAUUAUUUACUCUAACAUUUAAUGCCUCACUUCCUCUAGUAAAGCCCUAGAUACUCUCUGUCCACACCCACGUGGCAUUACAUUGAGAGCAGAAGCCAUUUCUCUGGCUGGCUAUAGCAUGUGGCCGCAUUAUUCAUCCUGGGUUUAGAACUCGGUGCUGCCAGCAUUGCCUGGCUCUAGGCUUCCAUCCCAGCCCCUCCCGCCCGCCUCCAUGCUGCCAGUGUAGCGGCUAUAGGCAGCGCUCUGUACCGCCAUUGUUAUUGGUUUUAUCAACUCGGCGGGGGAAAAAAAAAAAAAGGUCAACAGAAUGAGCUGGGAACUCAUCUGACGUCACUUCCUGUUGUUCGCGUUUUGGCUCCGAUAAGCCGUGCGAGAUGUACAGAGGCUGUGGGGUCCUCGCUGGCUGCUGACAAGGCGUUCACACGAUAUCACGAGGAGCCAGGGACGGUGACAGCGUGUGAGCCAACCUGCGGCGGUAAGUGUCUCUCACCCAGUGCUGGCAGGCCGCUCGCAUUGCCGAGCACUCCGGAUAUCUGGUCACGUGAUCCGUGGCUCGCUUUAUAAAUGGCUGCUGCGGCUGUAACCAUGGAAACCGUGGGGUGGGGGAUCUAAAGGUGUGUUUACAAUAAACAGUGUAAUAAACCCCUCACUCUGAUCUAAAUUUGCCGCACGGACAGAGUGGGUUCAUACGGUAACUUACCCAAUGAAAGGUUACAGAGCUGAGAAACCUCAGGGUAACUGAGAUCAAUAGGAUGUUCUAAUCACCGCAAAAAAUUAAACUUUAUAUACUAAAUAGAUAUGUAUAUGCACCAUAACUACUGCAGCAAGCUGUGGUGGUUAUGGUGGCAGGAGUCCCCUGUCAAAAUGAUUAAAAAUGGUUUGUCAAACAACCUGCAGCUGGCAUGGCAAACUGACCAUAACCACUACAGCUUGCUCUGAGCUGUAUAUAUGACAUGCAUUUUCAUUAAUUAAAACUGUAAAUAAGGUGAUGGGGUCUGGAUAGCUGCCUGAUUUUUACACAGUGGUAUUAUAAUCCACAUCCAUCCUCCCAACGCUGUAGUUACCUGGUGGCAAUUUAGCCCCUACCUACUGGGAGAAAAAAAAAAGGUUUUUACUUACUCUCGCAGCACUGGCCUCAGCCAUCAAUGAUCUCAGCCUAUCCAAUGCUUUCCCAUGGAAAAGCAUUUGGAGGCUACAGCAUAUGUGCGGCAAUACACAGGGCUACACCAAUCAGAUGGUCUCUCUUGAGAUGAAGUGGCCUGUGUGCCUGUAAUGUCUCUUUUAAUUUUAGCAUUUCCAGACUGACUAUUUUUCAUCGGUACCUCUGAGGAGAACUCAUCCUCCACAUACAUCUAUGCGCAGGGCUUGACAAAUUUGUUUGGAAUCUAGGAGUCGGUUAAAAAAGUUAGUAGCCAGUUUAAAAAAAAAAAAAAUGUGAAGUUUAAAGGGACACUAAAGUCACCAGAACAACUACAGCUUAUUGAAUUUGUUCUGGUGAGUAGAAGCAUUACCUUCAGGCCUUUUGCUGUAAACACUGUCUUUUCAGAGAAAAUCCAGUGUUUACAUUACAGCCUAGUGAUAACUUCACUGGCCACUCCUCAGAGAUCCUUCCUGGGUCAUGGCUGCCUAAAAUGCAUCCAAACAUUCAGUAUCUCCUCCCUCAGCAUGCAGACACUGAACUUACCUCAUAGAGAUUCAUUGAUUCAAUUCAUCUCUAUGAGGAGAUGCUGAUUGGCCAGGGCUGUGUUUGAAUCAUGCUGGCUCUACUCCUGAUCUGCCUCCUUGUCAAUCAAUCCUAUGGGGAAGCACUGUGAUUGGAUUAGGCUACAACUUCUGAUGAUGUCAGCAGGUAGUGAGCAGGUCUAAAGGAAACCAGGACAAAGCCUGUAGCUUCAGGCUUGAAUACAAGUAAGAUUUUACUAUUUUUAGGAAGGCAUGAUGGGACACAUGUUUGUGCUCCUAACCCUAUAGUGCUCCUUUAAUUUACAAGAAAUAUGCAAUUCUUAAAGGGACACUAUAGUCACCAGAACCACUACAGCUUAAUGUAGUUGUUCUGGUGCCUAUAGUCAGUCCCCGUAGCCUUUUCAACAUAAUGCUGCCUUUUCAGAGAAAAAGCAGUGUUAACAUUCCUGCCUAGUAACACCUCUAGUGAGUCACUCAGACGGCCACUAGAGAGUCCUGUGUCACUGCUGCACAGUGUGCAGCACCUUUGUUCAGCAUCUCCAACCUCUGCAUGGAUGUGUUGAAUGUUACCCGUAGAGAACAUAUGUAAUAUCUUCUCAAUGCUUUCCUAUGUGAAAGCAUUGACUUAGCUGAGAUCUUAAAGAUUAUCUCAGCCAUGAAGGCAGGACAAGCCGUGGGAAAGAAGGUGAAUAAAAACACCUCUCUCAUGAUCGGAGGGGUGCAGGUACCUAAACACACGCACACUGACAGAGAGAUACACACACACACAAAUUGACAUUUUACUUUUAAUCCACCAAGCCUCCCUAUCUUUGGGAGACCUGAGUGGAUCUUUCCCUGAGGUCCAGUGGAGCUGCUCUUCCUAUGUGCGGGGGAGCAGUACUCUACCUGUAGCUUCUCUCUGCUCCCUGUAGUGAUGCUGGGGCCGGAAUGACAUCAUAUUCUGGCUCCCGGCAUCACUGAACAGCGUGAGGGAGCAACAAGGAGCUACAGGUAGAUUACCAUUGUUCCCCCAUCCUACCUUUAGCUAAAGGGCUUCAAAUCCCGGGCGCCAGGGUAACAUUUCUAGUCGCCAUGGCGACCUUGCGCCUGGGACUUGUCCAGCCCUGAUCUUUAGCUUCAUUAUUUCAUGCUCACCAGAGAACCCACAAAACUGCUCAAGAUGGUGGCUCUGACUCUGGAUAGAGGCCAAUCCAAGUCUGUUCUGGCCCCUAUUGGUGAUUAGUUGGUAUUACAUUAAGAGUAAAUAGCAUUUAUAGGUUAAUUACUUGAAUUUGGAAAUUGGCUUGAUGGGACUGACUAUGGUUUGGUAUCAGACAGAUUCUGUAGAAAGAGUGACUUUUCUGCCUGUUGUAGCCUUUUUAUGGUCAACAAUUACAGGAGUGUGUAUGUUGCCAUAUUUUGCUUGUGUUAUUUAUGGGUGCUGCAGUUUGUAGAAUUGUACUUGUUGGCUGUUAUAUUAGAUACAUUCUUGAGUAGUUUGUGUUAUUGUGUAUGAUACCUAUGAAUGAGGGCUGUGUAUGGGGUCUGAUUGUGUAAUUGUGUGUGUGUGGUAGAUAAAUCACAUUGUGUGUAUGUGUCGUGCUUUGUAUGCUAGAGGCUGCUUGUGUGGCCUGUGUUUGUGUGUGGGCGGUUUCUUCUACAGCUCUGUGCAUAUUUAGCGUGGGUGGCUUCACUGGGAUCCAGUGGGGACCGGACUGGCCAGAUACAGGUCAAGAGCAGAAUUGUGAUGCUACUGCUGGCUGCUCUUCUCUAGUGCGAAUUCCUGUUCACAAGUACUGGGAUGAAGUGAUCUGCACCUCACCUCACCGCUCAGUUUGCACUAAAACUCCUGAUAGGCCAGAGCUUGUUUGGCUUUGGUAGCCUUGUGUGCCAUGCAUGACGCACGUGCCAUAGGUUUUUGACCCCUGCUCUAGGGACUCUGCCCCUUCACUAGCUCUGUUCUGCCUCAUUUGCUAAUCUGGCCUCAGAAGCUGAUGUGACCUCUCUCCUAACAAAAAUCACUGAAGCAUUAGUUAUAGCCCUUAAUAUUGUUUGCACCUCCCAGCUUUUUUUUUUUUUUUUAUAGUUUUACUCUCCUAGAAGCAGUGGUCGAAGAUAUGUGUAACUGGUUAUGGAGAAUUAACCUCCCAAUAUAUGGCCUACCGGAAACUCUAUAUACUUAGUACCUUUUAUGCACCAUUAUAGAACCUAUCAAGGUCUAGGCCUUAUGUAUCCCCAAGAACAACUUGCUUGCUAAGUGUAUUACCUUAAGCUGUUAGCACUUAUCCUAGAGAUGUAGUUCUCUGAUUUCAUUUCUCAAUUCCAGGACUAUGAGUUGCAUAUUUUCAUGAGCUUUCUCCCUCCACUCUCCAGAGGAGGUAAAAAUUAAAGCUUCUUGCCAGGGGGUAUAGGAACAGGCUGGAGUGAGGUCACUCCAUUCAGGUGCGGGCACACUGUCAAUGAAGCCGGUAUGUUGGUGUUACUGAGGAGGUUUGCACUGCUUGUGGAAGUGUCCUCAAGCAGGGCAAAUCAGCGAUCGUCAGAGGAGAAGGAGCAGGAGCUAAUGUGAUUGUGAUGGGGGAGCGGAGGCCAAGGUAAGUGGCUGCAGGUUCCUUUUUAAGUCAGAUUUCAUUAGAGUUAAUGUUAUAGUACUAACUGCUUGAAUAUCCCUAUAAGAAAAGGUAUAUCUGUUAUUUAUAAAACAAGAUGAUUGAGUAUGAUUAGUGGCGGCCUGUAAAGUAGACACUAUAUUUCCAUACUACAAAUACCCAGCAUUCUACAGUGUAGUUGUAAUGCUCCAAUAAUAGCAUUCCUCUUCCCAAAAUGCCAACACUUCAUCCUCCAUUUGCCACACUCAGUUACUGCACUUCUCCUCCAAACACAACACAGACAAAAUUAACUUUGAACCCUACCUGGUAAUUCUGGGAUUGGGAAUGGCAUUUACCAAAUCUGAUGCUCCGAACAAAUAUUGUUCUGAAAAAGGGAACUAAAAUACAUAUAUUUUAUUUUCUGACGCAUGUCUGAAAUGGGCCUUCUGGCUCAAAUUAUACCAGUUUUGGACCGGAAUAUUGACACUCUUUCAGAUAUACUUUGUAUGGCUCAAUCAAACACUCAGUUAUGUUUUUACCCUUGGAUAGAUCGGUGUUUCCAUUAAGACAUGGUAGUAUUUUACACCUUUAGUUUUGCAAUGCUAAUCAUUUAUCCUUUGCUUAGUUUAAUAAUUAUAAAUUUUACUUUUGUAGAAAGAUCUCUCUGUUGGUUACCUCUGAACUGUGAAUAUGGCUGCUCCCUGUCCUCCACCUUCUCCAGCUGUCGCCAAGACUCUGGUAACCACCAGUGGAUACUCUCCUGUGUUGGCUGCUACCUUUGCCUACUGGGACAACAUACUUGGACCUCGAGUGAGGCAAAUCUGGGCUCCUAAGACUGAUGAAGUUGUUCUGAGUGAUGGGGAGAUUACAUUUCUGGCGAACCACACUCUGAAUGGCGAAAUCCUGCGUAGUGCAGAGAGUGGAGCCAUCGAUGUAAAAUUUUUUGUCUUGGCAGAGAAAGGAGUGAUCAUUGUGUCACUGAUAUUUGAUGGAAAACGGAAUGGUGAUCGCAGCACAUAUGGCCUUUCCAUUAUUCUACCACAAACAGAGCUGUGCUUUUACCUGCCUCUACACAAUGUCUGUGUAGCUCGUCUUACCCAUUCCAUAAGAAAAGGACGUAUACUGAUGCACAAAGUAUGAACCCUCUCUAGCUAAGUAAAUUGUAAUGCUUUGUAAAUUUUUAUUGUUUAUGAAUUACGCUUUUUAUGUAAAAUAACGGUUGUAUGUUUCUUAGAUUUAUAUAUUUAUACAUUGUCCUAGUAUCUAGUAGCCAGGGUGAAAAUUUAGUAUUGAACUUUAAUUUUCAGUACAUUUAUGAUUAGGGUUUGCAUUUUAUUUAGCUUUAGACUUUAUUUUUAGCCCUAACCAUAUAAUGUAAAACCUUCCUAUCCUUCUCCUUUUUCAUUACUCUCUCCAUUCCUGCUUGUCCCCUCGAUUAACAUUCAGUUAUUCUCCUUUUACCUAUCACUCUACCAGGCUAUAUGAGUAUGACAGUUUUCCUGGUGUCUAGAGGAAAACUAUAGACUGAAGGGAUAGUUUAAUAUGCCUACCUUCCCUUGCAUCUCUCUGCAAUCUGCAAAGUCCACUUAAGUUGACAGAGCCACUUUAUACUUGCUAUAUUUUUGCAUAGUUUAGUCAAGUAUUAACAUGGCACUUGUGGUUUAUUAGGAAGCUAUUCAUUAGCAUUUACAGCAUCCGUUUUGAGAGAUUGGAAUGAUUUGAAGCAGCCUUUAUAAGUCUCUUUUGUCUUUUAAAAUCUUAAUGGGUUCCCACUCCUUUUGUAUGAUCAACACAUAUGCAAAUCUUGAACAUGCCAGGUACGUUCCCUCAUGAGUACUAAAAAAGAGGAAGUAUAACUUAGUAAAGCACUAAUAGUAAUAAUAAAAUAUAUAUAUAUAUAUAUAUCUCUUGAGAAUUUCCUUAUUUGUCAUAUUUUGUUCUGUUAUUUAAUGUAAAUUAUUGAUUGAUUGCACUAUACUGAACCUUUUUUUAAAUUUGUGUUUAGUCAUCAGAUGGAGUUUUGACAUUUCCAUUUUACCUAUCUUGUGCAGGGCCAAAACAUAAUUCACAUGUUGACAGGAGAAGUUGUCCCUAUAAUGGAGCUCCUUUCAUCUAUGAAGUCACAUGGUGUUCCUGAAGACAUAGAUGUAAGUGCUUUAAAAUCUCAACAUGAGUCUUAAAAUCCCUAAUAUGUUGCUUGCUGCUGUCACAGCUUUCUUCACAGUGCUUUAAUGCAUACCAUUACUCUUCUCUUUUUUCCCUUAAUAUGUGAACACUUUCAAUAUAAAGUAAUAUAUGUGUUCUGAUUGAUUCAUGCAUGUAUUAGUAAAUAUUAUUUGUAAGCAUUACAGCCACCAGGCAAUAAGUGUAAGCGCUUGGGAUCUGUAAAUGCAAAAUAAAGGUGGAAAGCACUACAAGUGCUGGGAUACAAGGAGACCAAGAUAAACCGGAAUACUUUCAAAGAGGUAAAAAAACGUGACAGCCACUAGAGGAACUUCUGGAAUGAAAACGGUCCAUUAUCUGACGCUGGACAUCCUCACGCUCUGCAUAAGGACCUCCAGCGUCUGAUUUUUUAAUUUUAUUAUUAUUUAUUUAUUUCCUAGGAAAGGAUUGAUUAAGGCUUUCCUAUUGGGAAAUCCUAAUACGAGCGCAGCCAUUGCCAUGCAUGCCCUCUAGGUCUCCCCCGCCAGCUGAUGUCGGCAGGGAAGGAGUGUGUGCAGAGCCUGACCCAAGGCCAAGGGACAUCGGAGCUGGAUUAAGGUAAGUGACUGGAGGGGUUUUAACCCCUUCAGCCAUGAGAGAGGGGGCACUGCAGGAGCCUAUAGUGCCAGGAAAAUGGCUUUGUUUUCCUGGCACUAUAAAAUCCCUUUAAGCCAAAAUAGACUAAUUAGAAACAUUAUCUAGUUAAAAAAAACUAUAUAUAUAUAUUUUUUUUAUUUUUUUUUUAUUUUUUUUUUAUUUUUUUUUAGCGUGACGGUUUUUAGAAUAAAAAUAUGUAAUUCCAGUUCCAAUUCUCCAAAAUUUGCUGUUAAAAUAAAGGACUGGAAUAAAGUCCAUUGUGUUUGAAAUAGCCAUGAAGAGCAAUACUUUUCUAGACAUUCGUCAGGUUUAACUAAGAGACAAGUUUUAUCAGCAUCAUUAAUUGCAUAUUAUUGUCUAACUCCUGAAUCCCGGGUUAUUGUUGAUCAUCUGUUUGUUUCAAUGGAAAUUGGCACUUUUCUAAACUAAUCUUGUUACACCCUCUGACUGUCAAUCAGGAACCAGUCCUGUUUCUUCCUGGUUUGUUGGGGCUAAACUUAAAGGGACACUGUAGGCUCCCAGACCACUUCAGCUCGCUGAAGUGGUCUGGGUGCGGUGUCCCUUUUGCACUUCGUUCUGCCAUGUAAAACAUUGCAGCUCCAGAGAACUGCAAUGUUUACAUUGCAGCUCUAAGUCUGCUCUCAGUGGCUGUCUACCAGACAUCCAAUAGAUGGCUUCCAGAAUCGAAACAGACCUUUUGCUCUUCAUGAGGACCUACAGCUUCAAAUCUUUUCCCUUAGGAAAGCAUUAAUGAAUGCUUUCCUAUGGGGAAAUCCUAAUGCGAGCGCGACCAUUGCCUGCUGACAUCAGUGGGGGAGGAGCGUGGGCGGAGCCUGACCCGGCGCUGGAUUCAGGUAAGUGACUGAAGGGGUUUUCCUGGCACUAUAGGAUUCCUUUAAGUGGCAGCAAUUGCCCAGAAGACCUGCCUUGCAAAGACUUCUCAUUGAGCUGCAUUGGGAAAUCUGUGAUGGGACAACCACUGAAAGUCUGGGCUGGGUUGAAAGAACAAGAACUGCAGACAAGACAUCUGUAGCCUGUGCAAGCUGUUUUUACAUAAAUAAAUAAAAGGCAUAAUUAAAUGUUCAUAGGGGGCAUAUCUACUACAUGUUGAUAUUUAAUGUGGAUGGGGGGGGUGUCUCUUUAAAGCCCAGACCUUCUAGGAUGUAAUUGCACAUUCUAGCUUUGUUAAAGGAGUAAUCUAGAUUGAGCUAGCACACACACACACAAAAAUGAAAAUACAUGAUUGAAGCAUGUUUGUGAUAGUGCAUUGUUGUAUUUGUUUACUUUGUCAUACUAGAGAAAUGAACUGACCUACAGAUAUGAGACUAUUCUCACUAUGUUGUCUAUUGAAUUCUACAGAUAACAUCCACUGUGCUUAAUGAUGAUGACAUUGGUGACAGCUGCCAUAAGGACUUUCUCAGCAAGUAAGUUCCCCCUUUUUUUUGGAAGUGGCUAUUGUGUAUUUUGGUUAUUUCAUUCUUGUGAUAACAUGUUAAGAUGCAUGCAUAUAUAUCCUCGACAGUCAUGUUGCUGUUUUCCCAAAGUGAUUUUCUCUGUGUCUACCCACCUAUACUACAGCUUUCUCUAGAGAAAAAAAAAGCAUUAGAGUAAACUACAAUACUAAUUAUAUUUUUUUUUUGUCUUGAAAACAUACCUGAUAGAUUUAAUGCUCAUUACUGUCAUACAUACAUACAUAAAUAAUACCUUUUUAGUAGAGAUAAUUUGACCCUAGUUGCUUUGAAAUUCUAUAUAUUGGUCCUAAAUAAAUGACUAGGCAAGUUAUUUCACAAAAAAACACAAGGAGAUAGGGAAGUGCUUUGAGAGAAAAGUGGUACACCAUUGACAGAAAACCAAAAAUGGGUGAGGGACCCUCCAUCCCCACCAGUAUACAGAAACUGAGAAAAAUUAGGUACAGCUACCACCUUGUUAUAUUUUUUUUUAGGCAAGCUACAAAGAAGAACAUUGAAGUCUCUUAACUUUUUAGAUUUUUGGUCACACGCCAUAUUUCAAUAGAAGACUCUGGGUCAUCAUUGUGUACAUGAAUAAUCACUAUAGUUGUUGUUGUUCAAUAUGAAAUGUUGUUUCAUAUAAUUAUUUGAGAACUUAAAGGAAAGGCUGUCAUCUUCUGUGUUCACUAAGCAUUUGUUAUAGUUCAAUGAUUUGGUGUUGGUUUUUUAUGUAUAAUUUGUAAACAUCUCUAAAAUUUAAAUUUGUGUUGUGGUAUUCUUAAAGAGUACCUGUCAUGCCCAAAACUACUUUUGCUCUUUUUAAGGAUCAUCAAAUUCUAUCUAUACAUUGUGCUAACAGUUUUUCUAGCAAAUGUAUAGACUAGAAGGAAAAUAAAUAUUUAAAAGUACGUAUUUCUCCCACCUGUCAUCAUUUCUUUAGCAUAGACUGUAUGCCGAGGAAUUGAUUGAUUAAAAAAAAGAGCACCCACAGCAUGUCAGCAUCUUGAAGGGGUAUUGCUGUGCUUGAGGAAAUGUCCCGAAGCAGUGCAUACCAGUGAAAAGACGAGGCUGAGCACAGGCAGACCGGAGGUAGGUGUUAGAGAAGAGGUAGUGUAACACCAACCACGGCAAAGAAGUAGAGGGCCAGCUAAGUUGUGACAGGUUCCCUUUAAAGUUUCAAAAGUGGUUCAGUGGGUGUAAAUAGGUUUGCAAAAAACAAAAGGGUUAUUAAAUGUAAAGUGAUCAGUGACAAAAUGGUGAACAGGACAAAACAAAAAAAGUGUCUCAGAAGGUAGUGAUUUGUCAGUAGAUCUGUUAUUUUAAAUUCACAUAGCAUAAAUUUAUUCUGUACAGUAAUAUGCCCAUACACACACUGCUUGUCAUUUUCCUGAAUGGUCAUCAAAUUUUGAAUGUUUGCAAAUUGUGCCUGCAGUUUAGAGGUGGUCAUCAGAAGUCUAGUAGAUCCCAAGGUAAAGGAUAGUUCUACCAAAACCAAAGGGAUACAUUAUCACUAAGGAUCACUAACUGAGCUUUACUAUAUGUAACAGUUUAACUAGAGCACACUAGCGCAAAUUAUGAUACAUACCUUGAAAAAUAAUUGUAGAUUUCAUAGUCUCUACUCUGUUUACUAAAGUCUUUCUGCUUCUAGAGAAUAUAAUUGCAAAUAUUGCAUUUGUUCUUCUACCAGGUCCAAACUAAACUCUUAUUUGCAAGUGAUCCAAAUUUCCUGCUUUUCAUAAAUGUUUACUUUUGUAUUUCUUAUUGUUCCCUAUGCCCUUAAUUCAUAGUUCCUGGAAGUCUUGUACAACACAUAUUUUAGGAACUGAGCAAUGCCUAAUUAUAUAUUUUUAAAAGCAGCUAAAAGUAGAAGUGAUCCCAUGAACCUGUGAAUGUCCCAUAUAAUUUUCUGUCUGUCUGUCUUUUUUUUUUAUCCUGAAAUUCUCCUGCAUGUUUUGCACUGUUGUAGCUUUUUUGAUGUCCCUCUGUGUAUUAUGAGGCUUACACAGCAUGAAUAGUGGUCCUUGAAAGCUCCACACAGCAUGACUGAUUUUCUAAAACUACAAUCUUGGAACGUUCAAUCAAAAUUAUAUGUUUGCACUUUAGGGUUGGUGGGCACAGCUGGCACCAAAAAGUUUAGUUUAUUCUCUUGUAAAGUAACAAGCACUCUGAAAAGUGUUUGUUUAUAAUGCAGCUGAAGUUGUUCUAAUUCUAGUUGGAAUUAAUAAAUAUAUAGAUGUAUAUUUGUUACAAACUGAAAUGUUUACUGAAAUAAAUAUUUAGUUGUUUUGGUUUUUUGUUUUUGUUUUAAAUUUGUGUGUAUUAUUUAUUUAUAUAUAUAUAUAUAUAUAUAUAUAUAUAUAUAUAUAAAACAAACAAAUAGAAAACCUCUUGCACUCCAACUUUAAAUAUAUUGAAUACCUGGUGCCAAGUCCCAAAUAAUAUAAAAUAUGAAAAAAUACCGGCACUCUAGGCUUAGUUCAUACGUUUUCAUUCUCAGUUGAUCCAAAAGAUGUCAACGUUUCAGCUCCCGAUCGGAGCUUUCAUCAAGACACAAUAUAAGAUACACACAAAAUGACUAACAUAUGUAAGACAUACUAACCAAUGGUCACUCACCUAAUCAGCUGUAAUCUAGCAACCCUGAUAACUGGCGUAUAUUCAUCGCUAGUCUGCACGUCUGACUUCCAUGACACACCUCCCGCACUAGGGAACAGCUCCUGCCAAUCGACUGUAACGGCCACGUCACAGUUCUAAGGCAGCCAAUCCUCGGCCGCCCCUGUGGUUACGGAAGCUGCAAGGAGAAAAAUUCCUAUUUCGGCGAUUGGCCCGCCCUUUCCAUGACGCAGGUUUGUUUGGAGUUGUCAUGGCAACGAAUUCAGACCAGACCUUUGAGGGUAUUGAAAUGAGUCCAUAUAUGUAUAACUCAUUUCACAGUUAACCCUGUAUGUUAUUUCUGAAACAUUAAAAAUAAAGCCUUCAAAAAUUGAGGGGUGAGAAGGAAAUACGAACGUAUUUCUUAAAGUGGUGAAUUAUAUAUUAUAGUGCUAGAUAGGGGAGUUGAUACUGUACGGACUUUUGGAUCAACUGGAUGAACUAAGCCUAGAGUGCCGGUAUUUUUUCAUAUUUUAUUUAUAUAUAUAUAUAUAUAUAUAUAAUACAGUGAAUAACUUGGCACUCUCCCCUUCGGUAUACACCAUAUAUCUGCCUAGGUGCAAUCCCCAAUGCGUCCAAAAUAUAGCCAAAAAAGAGAUUUCCAGGAUGCACUCACAGGCCUUUUUCAAUCGAAAAAAAUGUGAUUUUAUUUAAUCAUGUGCAGGUAAACAACCUUAGGUUGUUUACCUGCACAUGAUUAAAUAAAAUCUCAUUUUCUCUUUUUUGAUAUUGAUAUAUAUAUAUAUAUAUAUAUAUAUAUAUAUAUAUAUAUAAUAUAUUAUACACACACACAUAUUUUCAUUUAACUGUAAUAUAUGGACAUUAUGCAUAAUAAUUAGCCUUGUUUAUUUAUGUUUUUGUCACACCCACAGUAUGUAAGAAAAAAAAAAAUUUUUUAGUCACAAAAAGUGUUUGAUAGUUAAAAUUGCACCUCAGUUAUCACUUUUAAAUGGCUUCUGUCAUGACCAAUGCAACAAUCUUAAAGGGAUACAACAACCACAAGGGCUAUGUAGGUAGGAGUCUGUAAUGUGCAGUGUUUUUUGCUUGAAAAACAGAGUAUUUGAAAACUCUUGGAACAGACCGAAGCGUACAGAAACUCACUAGCUUCCCUUCGAUAAAUCCCUGCUCAAGUCUCAAAAUAGCUUUGCUCACUUAUGCCAUUAAAGAGUGCACCUAUUCCAUUCCAUAUCUGACUGAUCCCACCCACAAUGGCAGUCCAGAACCAAAAUGUCAAGUUCUGUCUGCACAAGAGCAACAGUUACCCCGGAUAAUCAUUACUGUCUUCUUUGAGCCUCGUCAGCAAGGUGUAGCUGAUGCCCCUCUUUGCUAUACCUCACUAACGAUGCUCAACAAUGUCAAAACGACUAUCUGGGGCUGCUGUAUCUCUCAUGCAGAGAGAGCCGGCCUGCAUUUUGGAUCUGGACUGCCAUUUUGGAUGAGAUCAGUCUGAUAUGCAAAUGGCCUUUUUUGUAAUGGCACAAGAUGAACUAAAAACAGCUUGAGAUCUGACCAGGGAGCCACCAAAGGGCAGGAUACUUGAGCUAUCCAUUCUCAUUAUUCUCUUGCACCUUGUUUAUUGCUCUCCCCUAGUGUUUCUGAUUGAUACAGAGAUAUUUGCACUUUUGUGGCAGGGACUAGUUUCGUCCCUGGCACGUGUGACUUUAGCAGACCAAAAGUCUGUUCUUGGCUGCCAAAUGUCAACUCUGUGCAAAACUUACAUCUGUUUUCAGCACACUGUAUUGACCUUCUCCUGCAAGGAGGAGUGUGAAUGUCCCCUUGUUUCCUCCCUUCUAGACUGCAGCUCUCUCCCCACCCUAUAAGCUUGAUAAUUUAAGUAUUUUUUUAAUUUUAUUUUUACUUUUCCCACCUCCCUCCCUCUCUGGCUCCCAAUCCCUCUUUCUCUCCUCUCGUCAUCUCAAAGCACCCCUAAGUGCUCUUAGCUGGCUAAACGACCCAAUCAAAGGCUUCUCUGUAAGAAGCCUUUGAGGUGACCUCGCACAGCUUCCAUAAUGUCCGGAGGGUUUGGGGGAAAUUAGCACCUGGAGUUUUACCCAGCGCUGGAUUUCAGAUAGGUAAUACCUGUAUGUUAAACUUAUUUCACCUUUUAGAGCUAUUGCUCAAGAAUAAUGGCCUCUUUAGCCCUUUAGAUAAAGGAGUAUCAAAUUUCAUCUAAACAGUGUUGUAUUCCAUCUAUGCAAUUGCUUUCAAGUGUUUUAGAUUUCUCUAAAAUCUAAAACAAACAGCCCUAUCCUCCCACCUCUCAGUCAGUUCAGUCAAACAGAUAUAAGAGGCUGUGCUCUGCAUGUCUCUUAUCAGAAACACCCUCUUCUGGGUGUCUGUCAAUCUUUUAUUCAGUCGAAAGGAAAUAAAUGCCUGAAAGGAUAGGUAGGAAGGAAGGAUAGGCUUGGUGUGAAAGCAGCACCAGUAGGAGCAGGAGAGAGAAACAUAAUUAUUUAUUGUAGCACCUUUGGACAGGUUCUGAGAAUGGAGAAAGAGCAUAGAUACUUUUUAUUUACAUCCCAUAAAGAAAACAAUAAAGUGUUGGGGACUUUUAACCUGUUAUAGGAAGAAAGUCAGUGCUUUGCACACAGGGAUAUGCAGGAGAGGUGUAUCUUGCAGCAUGUGUGUUGCUACUCUAAAGUAUUUAAUUUUCCUUUCUACACAGUGCUAUCAGCUCACACUUACAGACCUGUGGAUGCUCCGUGGUGAUGGGUAGCAGCGCUGAGAAAAUUAACAAGGUAAAGAAUCUGAAUGUAUAUAGUUUUAGCCAUAGGCUUUUGCUUUUUAUUAUAUUCUUUAUUUUGGUGUGCACAAAAAUAAUAAUACGCCUUAGUGUGCCACAACAGCGACUUCAAGGUACAUCAAUGAACAUUUGCAUUACAUCUUGUGGCAGUCGAAUGUCAGGCACAUUUUUUGUUGUUGAAGAUAACAAAACUGAAACGGUUUAGGUUCAUGGGUAGCUUAAACAUUUGAGAGUUCAGUGCAAUUUUAAAGUAUAAACACAUUUAGCUCAGUAGCUUAAAAUGAGUAUAUAUGUUGGGUGUCAUCGCUUCAGUUUCUCGACAUUGGUAAAGGUAUGUUUAACUAUGCUUAUGAGAGGGACAUGCAUAUUGUACAGUGAUUUCUGGUCUAAAUAGCCAUAACAUACAGUAGGUGAAGCCACAGGUAUACAUUCCAAGUUCUGUUAGAAUAAUGCUCGAAUAGAGAAAUGCAGAUCUACUUGUUUCUCCUGCGCUUUGCUAGGUGUCAGCGUUGCCUGCAUAUGCUGAGCUAUAGUACCUUUCUGUGUGGGUGUUGGGUCGCUAUCUAGUUAGGCGGUUGCUCAGGUAUAUGCAGUUAUAUGGGACCAUAAGUAUAAUGCAUGCUUCUAAGAUACUAGUACCAGAAAGGAAAAGUACCACAGGAUUUACCAGACAGUGAGGUUAGACAGCAUAAAAUAAGUUGGUGAUAGGCUAUCUGGGAGCAUAACUGGCAUGAAUUGUAAGACAGUAUAUGAUUUUACUAAAGUAUUAUGAGAAUGCUAAGCUGUCAGACAGUUAAAGACCAUUAAACAAAUAGACGGACAGGCAUUAAAGAUUACUGUAAAGUUCUCUUGUUGUUAUAAGAUCAGGGAACACUUUGUUCUGUCGCCGUAGAUAGAGUAGAUAAAGUCCUCUGUUGUCUGUGCUUAAACAUAUCCGCAGUGUAGGUGAGGUCAAGAACUGUCCCAGAGUGAACCUGGGUAGGUGGUGGCCUCUUGUUGCCUGUUUAAGAUAGUCAGCUAGCCAGUUUUGGAUCUUCAGCGUCUGUAGUCCUAUCGCAGGGAUCCACUGUGCCCACUGUGGUUGCUUGAUUCGACCUGGGUGGUUGCUGACUGUUUGGUACGUUAUUGGCUCUACGGUUUUUGCUCUGGUGCAUGGUUCCCUCUCGUGCGUUUCUGUGAGCGCGAGAGUUCCCUUUGCAGCGCCUUCUCAGUGCUCUCUGCGGUCGGGGUGCGGCAUGGCAACAUUCAGGUAUAGUGAAUGCCCCCAUUUGCAGUGUCCAUAAGCUUUACUGCUCUGUAAAUAGUAGGUGCUUUUCUCAUUAGCUGCGUUUGAUUCCUCACUUUUGAGCAAGCUUCGGCUCGGUCCCUCUGGCAGCUCAUGCACAUGGCGGCGGCCAUCUUGUGGACUGGCGCCCGGGUGAUGUUCCCCGCUAGAGCGGCUGAUUGAACCCAGGUUGGGUGCCACCAGUCAGGAGAGCGGCCAUCCUAGCUCAAGCCCCAGCGAGCUCCGAGCCCAGCCGAGUUACUGUCAGUGCUGGACAGGUUCCCAUGCGAUAUCCCCGCUCUCCCCAGUAACUGGGGGUCUGUGUGGACGUCAGUGGGGUUGCCGGUCGCGGUUAUCCUUCAAUUUGCUCCGGUAUUUGGACCUCGGAGCAGGAGCUCAGGCAGAACGUUUCUGAUCCCGUUGGCGGUCAGGCCCCGCCCCCUGACUUUUUUAGUUAAAUGUAUUCUGAAAUAUUAGAUUAUAAUAUCACUGAUUUAUAACUGUGCUUAGUUUACAUAUAUAUAAAUGUGUUAAGAUUCAAUCAGAUGUCAAAUGUAUGUUAAAAAUAAUUUUAAAGUUUUUUUUCACCUGUGAAUCUAAUCUAUGAGUAUAAUUGUUAACUGUUGUGAGAGAAAUCAGAAAUAAGGCUGAAGAUCACAUAAAAUUUUUUUAUACUUUAUCAGUAAUCUCUUUGCUGAGUCACUGUCACAUAUUCAUCCGCUUAUAGAAAUGUGGUUAAUGACAUUUACUGUCCAUACAGGAAAAGUUGUGCCGAGCAGCAACCUAAUCCACAGAAGGGUUAAUGCUGAGCAGUAAUUGUGCAAAUGAAACCUGGUGUUACGUAUUCAUCCGCUUAUAGAAAUGUGGUUAAUGACAUUUACUGUCCACACAGGAAAAGUUGUGCCGAGCAGCAACCUAAUCCACAAAAGGGUUAAUGCUGAGCAGCAAUUAUGCAAAUGAAACCUGGUAACUGACUUUGGGGUCAAAGGCCGGUUACAGCCUAUCAGAACUAAAGGAGGGGUAUUUAGGCCCAGUUCUCAGCCUGCUCAGUGCCCUGUCGUGGUUUCCCUUGUGGUUGUCUGAGAGCGCGUUCCUGUUUAUAGUUUUCUACCUGGUUUUUGACUUUGGCUUUGUUUAUUGACUUCUCUAUAUUCUGGUAUCCUGACUCCUGGCUUUCCUCAUCGCUGUGUCCCUUUCUGUGUUCCCUGACCUCGGCUAGUAUUUUUGACUAUUCUUUGUACGUUAAAUCCGGCCAUUCUAAGGACCGGUAAUACGUUACUUAUUUGUCAUCCGUGCUGUACAGUUCUACGUGCUGGAUCAAACAGUAAUCCUGACAGUCACCGCAACAAGAAUAUCUAAUUCCUCAUGAUAUACUGUUUGCAGAUGAGGUUUGACUAGAUAGUAUUCUGGAUAAGCACUUACUAUACUACCAAAGCAACUUUACUAUAAACACCAAAGCAACUUUAGCUUAAUGAAGCAGUUUUGCCCCUCAGCCCAGGGCUAGGUCAUGGAUACAUAGGUCUAGAGAAAUCGAGAUCUAACCUUUAGAUAUUGUAGAGCAACCCCUAUAGACUAAUAUCUAUUAAAACAUAACUUUUAAUACAACUUAACUAAAAGUGCUAUAUAAACAUGCUCAGUAGAAGGGGAGAGGGGAUUUAGCAGUAGAAGGUACUAAUUUGAAGUGGUUAUAGUUAGAGAUGUCGCGAACCGUCCGCGAACUUCUCGCUGACACAUCCCGGCCAAUCUCCAGCAGACCCUCCCUCCCAGACCCUCCUACUUCCUGGACAGCAUCCAUGUUGAAGGCAGCUUCAACAUGGAUGCUGUCCAGGAGGUGAGAGGGUCUGGGAGGGAGGGUCUGCUGGAGAUUGGCCGGGAUGUGUCAGCUGACCGGACCUUUCGAGGCGAACCGUUCGCGAGAAGUUCGCAGACGGUUCGCGACAUCUCUAGUUAAAGUACCUACGGCAUGGGUGGUAAUAAUAGAGUAGUCUUAAAGUCCAAACAACCAAAUGGUGAAAGUUAAAUUGACAUGUCUCCAACUCCCAUCACCCAGUAAGUAAAAACAAUAGUAAGGUGGCUAGUCUGGGAGAGUAAAAAGCUGCAGCAUCGUCUCAUAUCAACCCCUGCCACCCACUGCUCUCAAUUCCCCAACGCGCGUUUCGCUGAGUACCGGCUCUUCCAAGGGAACCGGGUAAGCGUAAACUGGUAAUUUAAAUAUCCCGCCCUCCAUGCCGAUUGGAUCGUGAUUCCACCAACCGGAUUGGAGGGCUAAAAGAUGACGUCCUUAUUCACAAGUUAACUCUUUGUGAACCGUGUAGAAGGUCAAAAGACAAUAAUAAAUAAUUGAUAACUUGAUAACCUAAUUGUGAAUUGGAUAAGUUUCACACCAAGCCGAAGUUAUACAUAACGUUAGAUUAAGUCCCUUCUGUAUGUUAAAUGUCAAUAAGUGCCAAGUAGAAUUAACAUUCGGUCUCAGAGUCAUAAAUACACCAAUACUUAUAUACAGUCUCUUGUAGCAAGAAUUUGCUACUGUAGCUGUUCAUUCAAUAUGUUAACAGUCAACAGUAGCUGUAAUUAUUCCUGUCAAAUGAUUUUUAAGUCCUCAUAUUGAGGUUUACCCAGCCGGAGAAAGAUGAGGUUAGACAGUAACAAUCAUAAAUUGAUGGUAGUUGUUAAUAUCAAAUUUUAUCUAGAUCAUAAUUUUCAAGUUUCCCAGUGAAAAACUAAUCACAAUAAUAAGGCUUCACAUUAGUAAUCAAUGUAUGUAACUUGAAACCUUUUUAAAAACGAGAGAAAAGUCAAAAGGACCCCCAUGAUAUAUUGGUGAGGGGGUGAUUUUUUCAUUUGACUAUAGUCACAUUCUAAAUUUUAAUUAAAGCCAUAUUUACAGAUGGAAUAAUGAAAAUGAUUAUACAUGGAUAAUAUAAGAGGUAAAGUUGAUAAACCUCAUUUUUAGUCAAUAUAAUCCACUGGGUAGAUGGUAACCAAUGUAGAAAUUAAAUAAUUUAGUAUAAGGUAAUGUUAUAAACCAUAACCACUUGUUUUAGAUUUUAUUAAUAAAGCAUCUUCUGAGAGAUAUUUAGUAAUGUAAUCUCUAGUGAUAUUGAACACUAUAAUUCUAUAUGUGCAUGUUGUUCAAAAGUAUAUAUAUCUGGGAUUAGCCUUGUAAGAUAAUUACCUCAGAGGGAUCUUGCUAUCUCCUAUUAGUGCCUUUGGAUACACAAGUCCUUUUCCAGGAAGGGGAAAGAGUAUCUGUGUGUUGCCCAGUGCCAUGGGCUAUAGCCACAGCAAGUGUCCAUACCUCUUGUUCUGAGUAGCUCCUUGGACAUCUAUUUAUGAGUGAAUACAUUGAGUAAAGUUAAAUUCCUCGUUGAGUCCUUUAGGGUAUAUUGUUUUAAAUUGAUAAAUCCAACGUGAUUCAGCCUUAAGUAGUGAUAAAUUUAUAUCUCCUUUCCGAUGGUUUUGAAAUAUUUGUUGGAUCACUUGGAAUUUAAGUACACUGGGUUUAGAUGCAUGGUUUUGUCUUGCAUAUCUAGCCACUGGGGUGUCAACAUGUAAAUUAGUGAUGGAAUUGAUAUGUUAUAAGACUCUGCAACGUAGUUGUUGGUAGGUUUUACCAAUAUAUUGUAAACCGCACUCAUGUUAUGAGGUAGAUAACAUAAUCUCCUUUGAUGUUCUCUUGUUCAAAACUGGUUUGGUUGGUAGAAUAAAGUCACAAUCUUUACAAUGACCACACUUGAAGAGACCUUUUGUGGCCUGAAGCCAUGUGGGUGCUGUUUGUGCCGGUUUCAAGUGGCUAUGGGUUAGAUGAUCCUCCAGGUUUCUUGCUCUUUUAUAGGUCAUUGAUGGCUGGCUGGUAAUAAUAGUGUUUUUAAGGCAUGAAUCAUAUUGUAAAACUGGCCAGUUCUUAUUAAAAACCUGUUGUGCCAAGUCCCAGAGAUUGUCAUACGUGCCUAUAAAUCUAGUUAUGCCUGGGGCUGUGGAAACUUUCAGACUUAUCAAUGGCUUUGGUUUGCAGCCCUAACUACACCUCACCUAUCUGUGACUCGCACAGUCAUCAUGAAAAAAAUAUAUUAAUCAGAUGUGACAGCAGAGUGUGUUUAGUUUUAGAAUUUUUAUCUCCUGCCCAGUUAACUGAACUUUAAUUACACACCAGAGGCUCCUGCAGAAGCUUGCAGGCUGUUGACAGAACUGGUAAUACGAAAUUCUAAAUAAAACAGAAUGUGCAAUAAAGGAUGUUUAAACUUUAGAUCUCUCUUUACAGGAAAUGUGUAGGUCAUAUGCAGGGGAGGUGUGGCAAUAGCUGCAUAAACAAAGUUAUUUAACUCCUAAAUGGCAGAGUUUUGAGCAUUUAGACACAAGGAACAUGACACAGAGGAGCAUUUAGACACAGGAGACAUAACCACUCUAUUAAAGUGGGGUCUUUCCAUAUUUUGCAAAAAAGGAAAAUACGUAAAUGUUUUGAUUCUAUGUACUUAUGUAAAACCUACUUUGUGUGAUAUUAUGAUAUAUUUUUAUUUUGUUGGAAUUUCAAUGAAAUUAGUAAUUUAAAAGUGGGGUGAGGCAUAGUCAGAUUGUAACAAUCCUUAAAAAAAGACCUGUCACAAAAUUUUUAGUUUUUUCACAAGCUGGGCAUGGUAUGUAAUUUAACCUCUGUCCAAAUAUGGCACUGUUAAGGGAAGGCCCAUACACAGUUGUACAGCAUUUCUCUGUAAAUGCACGAAUACACCCAACAAAUCAUGGGGCACCAGAGUUCUGCUUUAAAGAAAUACUACUGCAAAAUAAUUGAAGAAUUCUCAUGCCAGAGUUAUUUUUGAUCACUAUGAAAAAAAAUAAUUUUUGCAGGGAUACGCAGGCAGAUAAUUCAAGGUAUGUUAAGUUCUAAAACCAUCUUCCCCUUUGGUUUGUUGGAGAGGGGUGCACUUAAAACAAAACAAAAAAACUAUUUAUGUACCGUGCAAAGCAAUCAAGUUGGAUGGGGGUUGAUGAAUCCCCCAUACUAGAGUCAACAUUUAUCAUGCCCACUCAUGCAACAAGAUGGGAGUUGUAGUGCAUAAUACCUUCUUAAGAAAGCAAGAAAAAUUGAAUAGGAAAAAAAAGAAAACCUUGAAUACGAAAGCUGUUUAUAGUAUAUAGAGUACCAUACACUGCAGGUAUCCUGUUAAUUCACCUGAUGUAUGUGCAACACUCUUCAUUCAAUGUCUACAGAAGAUGAAGUGUCAGUAAACAGGAACUCUAUAACACUUCCACUGCAGUGAAGCACCUAUUAUGCUUCGUAUGUGUUUAAAAAAAAUUUAUUAAGAUUUUUAUGAAGAUAGAUGCCAUUUAAGACAAAAAUAAGAUUUGUAAUAACAGAACAUGGACCGAUAUUACCACAAUAUACAGGUACUGGAAAAAUAUGAGGCUAAGGUUACUGCAGUAUCAAAAAAAAAGAAAAUACCGGUAUACACUAUGCUGCAAGCACCUCACAUUGUUGCUCAGGCUGUGUAGCGAAUAUCGGUAAAACAAAAGAAUGAGGACUGCAACAAGUUGCAAUGCAGCAUGUCUUAGGAAGAGUGUUGCAGUCUGCUUUGACAGAGAAAGAUAACAUCUAACACCCCAGUCCUAGUAAUUUACAUUGUCAUCUUGUAUUGGUCCACAGCAAAGAGAUGGCAGAAGUUGUCUAACACUUCCUGAUCUGUGUAUUAGCCCCACCCUGAAAUAAAAAUAUAACUUUGUUGCCAAUAAAAGGUUUAUUGGAUGAGAUCAGACCCCAUAUACCAGAAUGAGGAGCUGUUUGGUAUAAUCUCUUUCUGGUGAAGUUCCUAUAUAUAUAUAAUAAUAAUACAGUUCAACAAAAACUGUUGGCCGUUAUAAAGGACUUUUGGAAGAACUAAACAAUAAGGAAGGGAGACAGGAGAAGGGACAGGAUAAAUGAUAGAGUGCAGAGUGGUAGUUGCCUCGUUAUAGAGGGGUGACCUUAGGAUAGGUUGGGCUCGGGGAGAUCACAAAAGAGGAAAGAUAAUUAAAACUUCACUUUUAAUGUAAAUAGUUAAAAGGGGGUUAUACAAACAAAUUUUAGUUCAAAUAACUGUUGUAAGAAAUCCUCAAGUGAUACAGUUACACUUCAUUCAAAUGAUUGUUGUAAGAAAUCCUCAAGUGAUACAGUUACACUGCCUGUUAACAGACUGAAAUGCCACUGUGGGAACAACAGCUACAAAUUACUAGUGUCAAUAAUGUAUCGAUAUACCAGUACCUGGGCUCAAGGAAAAAUAGCCAAGUCCCAGUGAGCUGCACUGAAGCUGUUAACAAAGCUGAUAACAAUGUUUACCGAAACUGCAGUGUCUGGACUCCAAAACAACCUUGAGAGUGCCAGUAUACUGCAGAAAAGAGCAUCUAAGAAAUGAUGACAGAGUCCUGUGUUAAAGACCGUGAGAAAUAGCAUCUAGAGGUAUGUGCUGGCAGGAGUAUCGUGCAGUAUGGUAACUAGGAGGUGCAAACUGCAAAAUGUUGCCUGGUAGAUUCUGCAGGAACUGGCUUAAUGACCAACAGGCUAUGGGAAGAGAGGGGUUAACUACAAAAACUGGAAAUCUUAGUGUUAUGGUAUGUGCAGGCGGGAGUGCCUGCAGUAUAGUAACUAGGAGGUACAAACUGCAAGAUGUUGCCUGGUAGAUGCUGCAGGAACUGGCUUAAUAACCCUCAAGCUGUGGGUAGAGAGGGGUUAACUACCAAAACACUGGAAAUCCUAGUGUUAUGGUAUGUGCAUGCAGGAGAAUCUGCAGUAUAGUAACUAGCCAAAAGCCUACAAUCUCUUAUGGAAAUACAAAUAGAAAAUUUCCCACCAAUACUGCUAUAAUGAAAGACGUGUGCUGGAAAUGCCUAGACUUUGUAGGCUGCUUCAAGUGCUGCUGGGUAACGGCCGAGCCGAUGCCGAUAGAAAGCUCUAAUUGGUAUGGUAAGUAAAGAGGUCACUCUUAGUGCAGUGAAAGGUCACGCUUAGUAAAGUGACUGGUGGAUAGCGCCAGUGUUGUUUCCCCUCACGCGCGUUUCACCUCAAAGGUUCAUCAGAGGGGAACCAGUCUUGUGAUGGAAUCAUGUUUUUAAAUGUCUGGUGAAGUUCUCAUUGGUGGAUUUAAACGAAUUUUUGGAAGAACAUUCAACUGUUGUGUUCCCCACCACAUUCUGUCUCAAUUAGUCAACAGAGAUCUCAUUUCAUUGCCUAUUUUUCAUACAACAUUGUGUUCUGCCACACAAAGAUGCCAAAACAUUUUUGAAAAGUCUAGUGUUUUGUUUUUUAUUUUUUGCCAGACUCCUCCAUUGAACUGAAUAGUAGAGAGUGAAUGUAGUUAUUUCCAUUUGAGUUAAACAUGACAUAAUUGACAAGUUUGAUAAACUGAUCUGCUUUAUUUGAAAACGAAGAUCCAAGUGCUCGUCUGUGUUGCUUGUUUUUGUUUAUUUUUUUCAACAAAAAAAAACUAGUUUUACUUUUUUUUUUUUUUUUUUUUUUUAGCGUCCUAAAAUAUGAACACUUCACCAUCAAAAAAAUCUAUUAACCUUCCUAUGGCUUCACACAAAAUUCUAUGCAUGUUCAAUGAACCGGCAGUGUAAUAGACUUUACUGCAGUAUGGUAUGAUUGUGUGUACUUAUUGAUCACAGAAAAAUGUUCUACUGUAACUAGUCCUUGUAACUCCCGUGCAUGCAGUCCCUUUCAUUUUUUGCUUUAAAUUGUUCAGUGAUUCCAGGUCUGCCCUCUUAAUGGUUUGUUUCCCAGAACUCAUUGUUGUCCUUAGAAUCACACCACGAGAAAAAUUCUUACAUUUAUUUUAUUACAAUUUUGUUGCUUUUGUGCACUUAUAGUUCAUAUUGGAAUUUUCCCAACUUGUAUUUCCAUGUAUUAAAAAAAAUGGUAUCAGUUAAAGGAACACUAUGGGCAUCCAAAUCAUCUCAUUGAAGUGACCUGGGUGCAAUUCCCCUGUAUGUAUAAUACUGCAAUACAAAAUAUUGCAGUUUGUGAGAAACUGCAGUGAUUACAUUGCAGAGUAAACGCCACCUCUAGUGGCUGACUUCCUGGUCCGUAAAGGAGUUUUACUGUUAAAUGAUGUUGGACAUCCUCACACUUUGCAUGAGGAUGUGUAACAUCUUCAAAUUCCUCAUAGGAAAGCAUUGAUUGAAUAGGGGAUCUUUAAUGUAUGCGUGACAAGCGCUGCUCAUAUACAUUUGGUAGGGACAGGGGCACUAUAGCGUUAGGAAUGCAAGUUUGUACUCCUAGUGCUAUAGAGUUCCUUUUAGAAUAAAUAACAAGACUUGUCCAAAAUAUACAAUGACCUGGUCCCUGCCAUAGAAACAUAGAAUGUGACGGCAGAUAAGAACCAUUCGGCCCAUCUAGUCUGCCCAAUAUCGAAAUACUUUUAAUUAGUCCCUGGCCUUAUCUUAAGUCUAGGUUAGCCUUAUGCCUAUCCCACGCAUGCUUAAACUCCCUCACUGUGUUAACCUCUACCACUUCAGCUGGAAGGCUAUUCCAUGCAUCCACUACCCUCUCAGUAAAGUAAUACUUCCUGAUAGUAUCUUUAAACCUUUACCAUUCUAGUUUAAGACUGUUAUCUUGUUGUGGUAGUUUUUCUUCUUUUAAAUAUAGUCUCCUCCUUUACGGUGUUGAUUCCCUUCUAUCAUAUCCCCCCUGUCUCAUCUUUCCUCCAUGUUAUACAUGUUGAUAUCCUUUAACCUUUCCUGGUAAGUUUUAUCCUGCAAUCCAUGAACAAGCUUAGAAGCCCUUCUCUGAACUCUUUCUAGACUGAGUAUCAAUAUCCUUCUGAAGAUACGGUCUCCAGUACUGCGUACAAUACUCCAAGUGAGGGCUCACCAGUGUUCUGUACAAUGUCAUGAGCACUUCCCACUUUCUACUGCUAAUACCUCUCCCUAUACAACCAAGCACCCUGCUAGCAUUUCCUGCUGCUCUAUUACAUUGUCUGCCUACCUUAAGUCAUCUGAAAUAAUUACUACUAAAUCCCUUUCCUCAGAUGUUGAGGUUAAUAGUGUAUCAAAUAUUCUGUACUCUGCCCUUGGGUUUUUACGUCCAAGGUGCAUUAUCUUGCACUUAUCCACAUUAAAUGUCAGGUGUCUCAUCCCGGGUCCCUAUUUAGCCUUGACUUGCAGAGAGUCGAAGAAGGACGUAUUUCCCAAGUAAGUGGAUUAAUCUCAUAAGAGCAAGCAUUAGGAUUUGAAGAUCACCUGAUUAGACCUCCUCUACUUUCAACAUUGUACAUUUUGCCAACUUGUUCUUAACACAAUCUUUAGUGGGCUUUUGUAAUAUUGCUGUUGUCUUCAGUCCAUGUUGCUUCAUGUUUCUUCUUUCUCACUCGCAAUCUUGUUCAUCUGUUUUACUUUGUAGUUUCCUCUCCAUCUCUUUAAGAAAUGCAUUUAACUUCUGAUCUUGACAUUUAACUUUUCAUCCUCUUACAUAUUCUAUCCUAUCCCUAAGUAUGUCUGAAAUUGGCCUUUUGUUUUUAUAUGAUCCAAGACCCUCCAUUAUAACAUUCACUUCUCAUCCAAGGUAAAACUUUGAUAAUUAGAAUUUUUGUUUAAUAAAUUUAUUACAUGUAUUCUAACCUUGUUCUGUAAUGCAUACAUAUGAGUAAUUACCGCUUUAGAAUAUCUCAUUACAUAGCUUUUUUUUUUUCCUCUUUAGAGGAGACAUAUUUAAGUCCUAUGAACAGAAGCAUCACAUAUUCAACCAAAAACUGUGCAGCUAACAUGCAUUUACAAAUAUGGACAUAAUGCCUAUCUUAUUUCUGACAAAAUAAUUCUAAAUAUUAAUGCCCCUGGAGCAAGGAUAAGGCAAGUAAUGCACAAAAAUAACUAAAAAAAACUAAACCAACUUAUAUAUCUUAAUUUCACAAUAAUACACAGCUAGGUUAUAUGACAUGAAAUAUUUUCUUUUCAGUCACAGUAAAAAUAAAUAAAAUGUAAAAAAGUUAGUUCCCUUUAACACUGCCACAUAUCUCCAGAACUACGUACCACCAGCUCUCUCAAAUCCUCACUGUCUUUUGAAGGAACACUCCACACGAUUAAAACUCUUUAGCUUGCUGAAGUGCUUUUGUGUGUGAAUGGUUAGCCCCCUUUUCAUUAUCAAUGCAUUUAUUUUUUUAAAUUCCCAACAGUGCAGAUUUCAAUAGAAAUUGGCACUGUUAUAAAAUUGCGUGGUUACAUCUUCUGCCUGUCAUGCAGACCAGUGUUAACAAUAACAAUUUUAGUAAGAUUUUAGUAGACUUACAUUUUUUAGAUUUAGUCGACUAAAACUAAACCAAUUCAGAUGACUAAAAUACCACUAAAACUAAAAUGGCGUUUUAGUCAAAAGACUAUGACUACAACUAAAUUGAAUUUGCUGCCAAAAUAAACACUAAUGCAGACAACUGGUCCUGUUACUUCCUGGUUUAGUUUGCUCAGUGGAGCUAAACUCAAGAGGCAGCAUUUGCUCAGAGCACCUGCCUUUCAAAGACUUCUCAUUCAGCUGCAUUUGGAAGUCUGUGAUUCGACAGCAACAGAAUAUCUGUGCUGAGUAAAGGGGAAGGGCUCGCAAAUUCUGCAGACAAAUGCUAUUUUUAGAUCUACCCCCGAUGGGGAAAAAAAAAUGCAUCAAUAUAUGCAUGCUUGUUUUCUUUAGGCUUUAUCUAUAAUCUAUAAAUUAUUUGUGGAAAAUUCCAUUGGAGGAUACCUUUAAAGUGUCAUGAACUAUGUGUAAUGUUUUGAACUAUAACAACAGUUCUCCUAUCUUCACUUAUGACUCAAGUCCUCUAACUAUGCUUCUCUAUAUUUAGAUUUAACAUGACUUCCAUAAUUUUUACAUAUUUUCUUUUUUAAUAUUACUCACUAUUUUGCACUGCAGAAGUUGAUUUUAUAUAUAAUAUAUACACGCUACAUAUUAGAAUUGUUGUUUUUCCCUUGAAGGGAAAUUUUCUCCUUUCUUUGGAUAGUUAAAGGGUGGGUGACUUCAUGAAUUACCUUUUACUGUAUAGAUAUUAGUAAAACAUUUUGUAUUUUUAUCUAUUCACCUGCAGAUGGUGAGGACACUGUGCCUUUUCCUGUCUCCGACAGAACGAAAAUGCUCCAGACUAUGCAGAUCAGAAUCUUCUUUCAAGUACGAGUCUGGAUUGUUUGUACAAGGGCUGCUAAAGGUAGAUGGGUAUAUAGAUAAAUAUUAUGAACUGGUCUGCUAUAUUUCUAUUUGUACAAGUUAAAACUUAAACUGUUUUCCAUUUGCAUCUGACUUUUGUAACCUAGAAUCUUUACAUUUCAGAGGAGACUUUAAUAUUAUAUUAGUUUAUUAAGCACUUUUUUUUUUAAAUAAAGUUAAAAAAACAAAAAGAAAAUAACAUUUACAAAUCCAUAGCACCAUAUAUAGUUAUAUCCUGAAACAUUGUUUCUGUUCCCCUUCUUCCAGUGCAGCGUGUGCCAUGACUUUGACAGGACUAAACUUGAUUGUGAGGCUACUAACUUAAUUUUGAAUUUACAUUUAAAAGAAAACUGUCAUAUGUGAAAAAGAUUAAUGCACGUCAUAGGUGAUUUUGUUUUUGUUUCAAUUCUUUAUUUAUUUUUUAUUAAAGUGAUGGUACUUUUUUAAAUAAGUGCAGAGUACCUUGAUAAUAUAUUGAAUGAGAAGUUAUUUCUAAAAAAAUAAAAAAAACCUGUAGCAUCUGAACUUUAACUAAUUAAUUAAUUUAGAACACAUGUAGAUGUUGACAGACCGCAUCCACUCUGAUCCUUUGUCGGCCUGUACACAACAAUAACUGACACAGACCAAAGUAAUUUUUAGUUUGUCCACAGGCAGAGUUCUGAAGAUAUUCUUCCCUUAAUAUAGAAUCUGACCAAAUAAAUUUUGCUUUGUUACAGGAUUCUACUGGAAGCUUUGUGUUACCAUUCCGACAAGUAAUGUGUGCACCCUACCCUGCCACUCACAUAGAUGUAGAUGUAAACACAGUAAAGCAGAUGCCCCCAUGCCAUGAACACAUUUACAACCAGCGAAGGUAUAUGAGGUCAGAGCUGGCUGCUUUGUGGAAGACUGCUUCAGAUGAGGACAUGGCAACCAAUUCCAUUAUACAUACAGAUGAAAACUUCAAACUUAACCUGUAAGUAGAGACCAGUCCAGCUUAGUAAUAGUUGUGACAUUGUCCACAAUCUUCCUAGCCCACAUUCUGUAAUAUUUUUUGUAAAAUAAUGUUUAUGUAAUAUCUUCAUGUAGUUGUAGACUGAUCCAGAAAUAUGAGACGGAAAAAUGUGUGUUGGCAAAAAGCUAAGUGGCAAGAUAAGGAAAAUUUGACUCAACUUGAAUACCUUUUAGUACAUUUGCAUUCUUUUUUUUUUUUUUUUUAUUCUGGAGAAUUAAAGUGGACUCAAAAUAUAGAUUACACUACAAAACUAAGGAUCAAAUCUUGCCUUUACCAUAUAUUUACUACAAGCAUGUCAAACUCAAAGGCUAACACAGGACAAAUAAACAUGGUUUAAGUUGAUGUGGGCCGCAAAAAAAAAAAAAAACUUCAGUUUUCAUAGAAACAUAGGUUUAUUUAGAAAAGUACAGUGUACAAAAAGUUGCUUAACCCCUUAACCCCUUAAGGACACAACAUCUGGAAUAAAAGGGAAUCAUGACGGAAUAUUUCCGUCAUGUGUCCUUAAGGGGUUAAGGACUGGACUGUUUUUGCGAUGUUGUACAUUUGCGACCAGGCAUAUUUUUACACUUUUGUGGUGUUUGUGUUUGGCUGUAAUUUUCCGCUUUCUCGUUUACUGUUCCCAUACAAAUUAUAUAUUGUUUUUUUCAGGACAAAAGGGGCUUUCUUUACAUACCAUUAUUUAUAUAAUAUCAUGUAUUUUAAUUUAAAAAAAAUAAAAAAAUAUGAUGAAAAAUUGAAAAAAAUACAUGUUUUUUGACUUUUACUUGAAAAAUCUUUUACUCAUCUACAAAAGCGAAUGAAAAAAACUGCUAAAUAGAUUCAAAUUUUGUCCUGAGUUUAAAAAUACCUAGUGUUUACGUGCUUUUUUGCAUGUUAUAGGGCUAUAGGUACAAGUAGGAUAUUGCGGUUUCAAAACAUAAAUUUUUAAAAUUUAUCAAUAGUGACAUUGUAACACUAUUAUCUGUCAUAAAUCUCUGAAUAACACCCCACAUGUACAUAUUUUUUUUAAAGUAGACAACCCAGGGUAUUCAAUAUGGGGUAUGUCCAGUCUUUUUUAGUAGCCACUUAGUCGAAAACACUGGCCAAAGUAAGCAUUCAUAUUUGUUUGUGUGUGAAAAAAGUAAAAAAACUAAAUUGAACGCUAAUUUUGGCCAGUGUUUGUGACCAAGUGGUUACUAAAAAAGACUGGACAUACCCCAUUUGCAAUACCUUGGGUUGUCUUCUUUUGCAAAUGGUAUGCCAUCAUGGGGGUAAUUCUCAUUCCUGGGCUACCAUACGCUCUCAAAGGCAACGUAACCAACCUGGCCAUUUUCAAUGUAAAAAUAUUUGACCCAUAUAUUUGACCUUGUAACUUUCAAAAAUGCUAUAAAACCUGUACAUGGGGGGUACUGUUUUACUCGGGAGACAUCGCUGAACACAAAUAUUAGUGUUUAAAAACUGGAAAACGUAUCACAACAAUUAUAUCAUCAGUAAAAGUGCUGUUUGUGUGUGAAAAAUGCAAAAAAAAGUAACUUUCACUGACAAUAUCAUCGCUGUGAUAUGUUUUACUGUUUUGAAUCACUAAUAUUUGUGUUCAGCGAAGUCUCCCGAGUAAAACAGUACCCCCCAUGUACAGGUUUUAGGGUGUCGUAGAACGUUACAGGGUAAAAUACAGUGCUAGCAAAUUAAAUUCUCUGGAAUUUCGGCCUGGGUUGGCAGGCAGGUCCCUCAAAUUGCAAUCAAUAAAAUUACUGAAUGAUGUAAAAAUAUGACAUAAAUACGCACGUAGAAUUGUAGAUUAUGCUAACGUAGUGUACCUAUAAUCUUAAUUUUAAUAAUGACAGGAGGCGAGUAUUUUGCAUAACUUUCUUUACUUUAUGCCUCCAGCAGCACAAGUCAAUCAAUAAACUUUAAACCAAUCAGUAACAGGCAUCACAUUCAUAUAUAAAGCCCUGACAGUCACAUGACUUCCUCUUUCUUUGAUGCGAAAAACAGUCUAUUAUAACGUCAGGGAAUUCAAAUAACAGUCCUGAGUAACGUGUAGAACAUAACUUGAAACGAAACUUGAAACCUUCCAGCUUUAUCUUGUCGAAUCCAUCUAUGAUGAUUACGCUGAAAAGAACAGAAAUACGUGAAAGGUGAUGGAAACCAACUGUUGUCCACAUUAAAUCCAGUACUAUAUGUGUCUAUAUUUAUAUUAAGUUAAUAUACUGAAACAUUAAACAAACCAUAGUAUACUUAAUAAUCAACACGGAUCUAACACAUAUCAACCAAAUAAGCAUCCCAUAAAUAUACUGAAUUACCAAACCUUAUAAUUUACACUGAGAAAAUGACAAACCAAAAUAUAAAAAAUUUCCAGAGUAUAGGGAGGGAAACAGGGAGGGAAAAUACUUGCCUCCUGUCAUUAUUAAAAUUAAGAUUAUAGGUACACUACGUUAGCAUAAUCUACAAUUUUAUCACAUGACAGGAGGCUUCAUAUUUUGCAUUUUUAAAGCUGUGGUAUGAGCGUGAAGGAUGCGUGUGUGGUUGACGAAAAUAAAUAUACGGAAGUAGUCUAUCCGUGUCCAAUUCGUCGCUGAAAAUAUAGAGGCCCCCUCGUGAAGGCCUGAGAAGCAGCUGCGCCUCUUACCGAAUGAGUACCCAAACACGUCUCCACCCUCGCUAGCGAUAACAACCAAUGAACCCAUCUAGACAGAGUGUUCAUGGUAACUGGCUUGUACGGUUGGUAUAAGACCAGCAGAUGUCCUGAAUGUGACAUUCUAAGUGUUGUCGUGAUCUCCAUGUAACAAAGUACCCCUUUAACUGCACAAAGGCUGGGAAACCGUCGGUAACAGGGAACGAUACGGACACGGAUAAGAUAUAGUUCUACGAGACACUGUAGAAAUUAUUCUUUCCGGUGAUACCGAAAAGACCGUCUACGUCGAACUCCAGUACAUCUGAUACCCGACGAAAAGACCUAAAAGUAACGUGACUCUGGCUAAUGGCUGACUGAGGGAUAGGACCGUGAUAUCUGACUAGCUCCAAAAGAACCAAAUCAAAGUCCCACACCAGUGAUACUUUGACGCAUGGUUCUGGACGGUUUGAUACCCCACAGAAAAUGGCAUAUCAAAGGCUCUUGAUUGACUGGAGUGUCGUGAAUCGUGCUAUGCAUCGUCGAAAUCGCGGAACGUAGCCCGUUAAUGGAACGUUCCGAUCGGCCUGUAGUGAAAAGGUAUGAUAAAGAUCCAGCAUCGUGGAGAUAGGGGUAAUAAAGGGAUCGCAGUCCCUUCCCAUACACCAGCGAACUCAAGGUGUUCCAUGCGGAUAAGUUAUUUCGGGGGAAUACCUGGCGUCCAUGAGUCCCAUAGUAGGUCUCUAGUUGGUUGCGAUAGUCCCUUGACAUACCAGUCUCCCCUGGAAGACACCAAUCUACCAACUCCAGAUGCUCCUGCAUUCUCAAUGGAUGAUGUUCUCCUUUUGGAUCCGCCCGAAGGCAAGUUAAAACGGAAGGAGAAGAGGAUGAUCCUGAUUAAGGACAACCCUUCUGGGUGUCACGCUUGCCUCCUUUACCGCAGUAAUGAGUACUAUCGAAGUCUUCGCUAUUCUGAUCCCAAUUUCAUAGGUGUGUCCGUAUCUCAGGCAGUGAGCUUUCAGCCACUGUCUGGCCUGGUAGUGAAGCAGUCCUGGGAAAUAGUCAAAGGGUUAUGGUGCCUUUCCGCCGUACCCGUCGAAUUUCCUUACGAAUCGUCGCUAUCAAUGAUGUGGGAAGGUGUAAUCCGCCCAAGGUGGAAUCUAUUCUGAAAUAGAGGAACUGAAUCACUCGGAACUGGGAUCGAACCAACUCCUCUCUGUUCACUAUGAAUCCCAACAAUUCCCGAAACUGUAAACAUAAAUCUCGUUUGUAAACGUAGUCAUGAAUUGGAUUUGCAAAAGGUAAGUCGUCUAGGUAUGUGACAGCAGAUACCCUUUGCUUUUCAGUGCGCAGUGACCGACUUCAGAAACUUCAUGAGGCACCAUGUGAACCUAUAGGUAAGUGCCCUUCAAGUCCAACCUUGUAGAUCCCCUAAGAGAUGGAUACCUUCCUUCUUGAGUUGUCGGUACGCCCCAAAACCAUUGGGUUGGCAUAGGUUGAUGACUGGGUGAUAGUCUCCUAUCUUCUUCCUUACUACCAAACCGUUGCUGAGAUAAAUGGUUCUCCAAACGAUAGUCCGUCUGCCUGAGGUCCUCGCUCUUUCGUCCCUAACUUCAAUAGUUUGAAAUCCAUCUUUAAUCGGGCUGCUUUGCGGCGUUCUGUGCACCUGUCUGCCUUGCGUUCCCCAACUUACAUAUUGCCCUUUGCACCCAUUCCCUCACAUCGUGAGCUUCUAGAGGUGAGUCUUGUGUGGGGUCAGGUCCGCAAAGUAUAGAAUUUUUUCCCGGGCUGAUCAUAUCCAGUAUUUAACUCAUUUUGAGUCCUCCUCCUACACACUGAUCGGGACAUACAUAUCACCACGAGCUCCAUAGUGAGGACUAUCUUGUUCGGACAUAGAGGGCGUGGGCAUUCCAUCCUGAGCCGGUCUCGGAUUUCUUUUCCCAUAGGCCUCCUAAGCCAGAAGUGGGCCCGGUGCUCCAGUUAACCCCAUUCGGAUGACCCUGGUUGUCGGAUGGUGCGUGAGUCAAAACAGGAGUGUCCAGUGUGCCAAAGAAAAAACCUUUCUUGCUAGGCGUGUCUUGUCACUUUUACCUCUUCUGCCCUCCAUUCUUUCAUGAUCUCCAGAGAAGGGGGGGGGAGGAUGAAGUCCUCGUCCCCUGAUGAUGGGUGUCCGACCUAACGUCGGUAUCUCAAUCUUCCAUUGGUGUUGCUGCCGUUGCACCCGCUCUGUCGGAUGGGUUGUUAGCCAGCAUACUGGAGAGGACUUCUUCCCCCGGAGCUGUCAUGGCAGCCUUAAUCCUCGCCUGAAAAUCGGUCGGGGAUAUUGAGGUAAGUCCGACAUGUUGGUUCACACCCUUUCGGUCCGUGGGAGACAGGAUCGUACAACAAUACACUUAUUGCCACUCAGUAGGCCUCCGCGUAUAACUGGGGGUCACCCAGAAUUUUGAUCAAUCAGUAUCAUUUUCGCAGGAUCCGGGGAGUGGUCUGAGAAUGAGGACACCCUCAGUAAGACCAGGAUGAGCGGUCUGCAAUGUCGGGACGUAGCCCGAGUCUGGGAGACGUGAAAGCCUCAAUAUAUAUAGUCCACGGGGUUCAUCCUUAUAUGGUCUAGAAUUGUGGGGUUUUGGCAGCACUGUGAGUUCUCCUUCUCGGUUAAGGGAAGGGCGUACGGAACCCCAGUUGAAGCAUAGAGGUGCCAGAAUACAUGCAUCUAGUGCGCCCUGGUCUGUGCAUACAAUGACAGAGCGUACUCUGAAGGUAGAAGCCCUAGAAAGGGUGCGGGGGGUCACCCCUUUGUACCUAUGCCACUAGCACCGGAGUAAGGCUCGCUUGGGGUUCACCCAGCAUAGGGGGGUCACCCCUGUAUGAAUGUCUCUUAUGGCAUGUUGGGACACUCUUUCGGUCUAUGGGGUACCGAACAGGUGUCAGGUACGGUAGUACACUUAUUGCCACUUAGUGGGCCUCCACUUACAACUGGGGGUCACCCAGAAUUGUUUCAAUCAGUACCACUUAGAGAUUUCCUGGGAGUGGUCUGAGGAGGGGGUCACCCUCAAUAAGACCGGGAUGAGCGGUCAGUAAUGUCGGGACGUAGCCCGUGUAUGGGGAGGUAUGGUAGCCUCCAAAGUAUCCAAGGGGUCACCCUUAUAGGAUAUAGUACUGUGGAGAAUUGGCAGCACCAUGAGCUCUCCUUCCUGGCUCUGUCGAUAUACAUGUAUUCAGUGUGACCCGGUCUGUGCAUACAGUAACAGAUCGUACUCCGUGGAAAUGAGCCUGCCCUAGGGCGUGGGGGUUCCCCCCAGUAUAUGUAUGUCACUAGUACCGGAAUAAUAUUCAUUUGGGGUUCACCCAGAGUAGGGGGAUCACCCCAGUAUAUGUAUGUCACUAGGACAGGAACCAGAUUCGCUUGGGGGUCACCCAGCGUAAGGGGGGGUCACCCCUGUACCACAAUGUCACUUUGGAGAGGUGUCUGCCACGCUUGGGGGUCACCCAGCGUAAGGGGGGUCACCCCUGUUAAUCACUCCGUUAUGUGCCUCCACUACUGUGUCCUGGGAGGUGUAUCCCUGUGGGGAAGGAGUGUAUCCAAUGGUUGUGAGGUCCAGUGGGAGUAGGGAGCGGAGUAAGAUAUCAGCUCUAUUUAAUUUCCCUGCCAGUAGAUAGAGUAAUGCAUCCACUAUAUACCCACAGCAGGGGACAGUCCAUUCAUAAUCCUCCAGAUGUACAAUAAAACUGUUAUUCAACAUGUCAAUUGUAUAGAACAGAAUAGAGCAAACUGUCAGCAGAUGCACACAGCAGGGAUCAGUCCUACAUAUUCAUGCAGAGUUACAUAUAAAACUUUUAUUUCACAUGCCAAUGAAAUAUGCCAGUAUAGAGCUCAGCAGUGAACAGUCCAUUCAUAAUCUUCCAGGAAAGGUACAUAUAAAACCUUUAUUCCACAUGCCCAUGAACAGUAUUGAGCUCAAAAGUACUUGUAAAACUUUUAUUUCACAGGAAAAAUAUAUGAAACAGUACAGAACUAGCCGCCAGUUCGUGGGAAUCACGAACUGGCCAAACGACAUGGCCGACGUGAAUCUCGCGAGUGCCGCGAGAUUCAAGAUGGCCGCCGUUCGCGCGCAAAAGUGCCGUGCGGCCCACGAUCGAGGAUACGAUCGCGGUCUGCCGGCAUGGAAAAGAGUCCCCCCGACAUCCCCAACCCCCAGAGACCUGCCCUGAAGUCCCAGCACCAAUGAAUAAAAAGCGUGCUCGCGGUAAAACGCCGCGAUCCAUGCGAGACCAGAGUAAAGCAUAGGAAAGAAAAGGUGCCAGCAACAGAAAACAGGCUAAUAAAGCAGAAAAUACAGGGUUAAUUCAGGGGAAGGGUAACAGGGGGAGAAUAUCACACUAUACAAAUCCAAAUGGAAGGCAAGUGCAAAAUAAUGAAAAACGUUUAGGCCAAAAUUGCAGGACAAGCUAAUAAAGUUUAACAAAAGUGCCCAUGCAUAUCCAGAAACAGUUUGGAGCAAAAACUGAAUGUCUAGCAUUAAAAAUCUAACUAAAGUGACCAUAGCAAUAUUAAUAAAAACAGUUGGAGCAAACUGAAAGUCAAUUAAUAAAGUUUAAUUAAAGUGGUAUCCAGAAAAAACAGUUAGGAUUAAAACUGAAUGUCUAGCAUAAGGUGUCUAACUACAGUGACCAUAGCAAUAUUAAUAAAAACAGUUUGGAACAAACUGAAAGUUAAGCAAUAAAUGAUUAACUAAUGACAAUUGCAAUAUUCAGUAAAACAGUUUGGAGCAAAAUACUCUGACCUGUGCCUUGGCUGGUAAGCAGCAAAGAAAGAGGAAGUCAUGUGACUGUCAGGGCUUUAUAUAUGAAUGUGAUGCCUGUUACUGAUUGGUUUAAAGUUUAUUGAUUGACUUGUGCUGCUGGAGGCAUAAAGUAAAGAAAGUUAUGCAAAAUAUGAAGCCUCCUGUCAUGUGAUAAAAUUUAAAUAUAUAUGCAUAUUUAUAUAGUUUAAGUCUACGUGUAUAUUUAUAUAAUUUAUUUAUGUAAUUUUGUAUAUGGACAUAUGUAUAUUUCGUAUUAUUUUUAUUUAUAUAUACAUAGAUAUAUAUACAAAUUCAUUCUAAGUGUAUUUUGAUAUAAAUAUAUAUAUAUAUAUAUAUAUAUUAAUUUUAAAAUACAGUUAGAAUAAAAUUUCAUAUAGAUAUAGUUUUUUUUUUUAAUUUUUAUUAUUUAAAAAAAAAUUAUUUAAUUUAAAUUACUUAUUAUUUAUAUUUUAUAAUAAUAUAUAUACACAAUAUAUAUAGUUAUUAUAUAUAUUAUAUAUAUAUAUACACACGUGUGUAAUUUAAUUAUAAGUGUAUUUUUAUAUUAAUACAAGUACAUAUUAAUAUAAAAAUACACUUAGUAUGACAUUAUAUAUAUAUGAUAUAUAGACAUAUAUUAUAUAGAUUAUAAUAUAUGUCUAUAUAUCAUAUAUACACAUAUAUAAUUAUUAUUAUUUUUUUAAUUAACACUAACUUUAUUUUUUAUUUUACACUAGCAGGGAGACUGCCUGUCAGCACAGACAGUCCCCCUGCAGGCAGACACAUGGACACCUAUUGUGACCAUGUGAUCGCUGUGUUAAGCGAUCACAUGGCCACAGGGGUCCUAAUUCAGUGUGGGGAGACUGUCUGGGCUGCAGGCAGUCUCCCCACAACCGGAGCAAUGCUGAUCGCCGCCGGGGGAACGACGGCGAUCAGGUAAGUACCUCUGACCGUUAGGACGGUUCAGGACCGUCAUCGGUCGGCAAGGCAAAAAUGCCGAUGACGGUCCUGAACCGUCCUCGGUCGGGAAGGGGUUAACUGACACUGGACGUCCUCACGCUCGUAGGGCUUCAAAGUAAACAAAAGAGCAAAUUUAUUUAAAGGAGAUGUGUAUUUACAUAUAACCAAUGUUUCAGUCCAACUACCUUGACAUAUUAAGAAAAGUUUGGGACUGAAAUGGAGAAUGUAUGCUGUUGCACAGCUGUAAAAAAUUUUUUUUAAAAAUGACAUAUCUUGUUGAUUUUUAAGUCCUAUGAGUGUGUUCUUCACUUUGGCUGAGAUCAUCAAAUCUGAUGAUCUCAGAUAAUCCAGUGCUUUUUCAUAGAAAGCAUUGGGAGGCUAUUGUGCAUGUAUGGUAAAAAGCUGCGCAGCCAAUCAGCAUCUCCUUGGGGGAGUGUUCAGCUCCUCCAUGCAGACCCAUUUUAAUACACUGCCUCAAUCUUCCAUUCUAAUACACUGCCCACAAAGCCAAUACACUGCUUUCCACUCCACUCUAUAGACCUGCCUCCCUCCAACCACUCCCUCCUUCCCCCAAUUUAAUACACAGCCCUCUCCUUCCCCAAAAUUAAUACAUUGCCCUCCCCCAAAUUUAACACACUCCCAGCACUCUAAUACACUGCCCCCUCCCACCACUCUAAUAUACUCUCCCUCCCCAAAAUUAAUAGAUUGCACUCCCCCAAUUUAACACACUGCCUCCCCUUCCCACCACCCUAAUACACUGCUCCUUUCUCUCCCCCAAUUUAAUACAAUACCCACCUCUCUUCCCCAAUUAAUAUACUGCCCACUUCUCUCAUAUUAAUACAGUGCCCCUUCUCUCACAUUAAUACACUGCCCCUUCCCUCCCCUAAAUUAAUACACUGCCUACGCCCUUCCCCAAAUACAGUGCGCCCCUCACCAAUUUAACACAGUACGUAGGAUGGUCCCCCAAGUCCCUAUUCCUCUACCUUAAGAUAAGUUGUCCUCCAGUUGCAGCUCUUCUCUGCUCAAGAAGGUCAGGCGCUCCUUUGGCACUGCGAUCACAAAGGAAGGAGGAGUGGCUGGCCUGCUCUGCAGACAGAUAGAUAGCCACUCUGCUCUCUUGCAGCUAUGGGAGGGAAGACCAGAAUCAGACAGAAAAUAUCUUUAGUGACUAAAAAGAAGUAUAUAUAUACACACACUACUGUAAAAGUGAAUUAGUACACACUAGUGAAAAAUUCUCAAGUGGUACUUGAUAAACUAGGUGUUACCCAAGUGUACCUCACAAACACCUAAAUACAAAUAGGAACAAGGAAAAAGUGGGAAAACACCCAGUAUAUAAUAAAUUGAAUACAACCUUGGAAGAUAUACCAGCAUAAAUAAAAUAAACUAUGUAUGUAGAUCUGUAACAGUAAUGAACAUUACAUAGCAUAAUACAGUUAAGUAAAAAUAUGUGUUAUAUAGGAAUCACACUCACAAACAUAGAUGUAAAAGAGCUUCUCACCUCACCAGGGGUUAAAAUGAUAAGGAAAGCUGUUGGAUUCCAAUCCUCAUUGAUUCCUUUAAUUAGUGAAGGAAAGAAAGCCAUACAUGGUGAAGUAUAGUUAAAACUUAGAAAAAUUUAUUUAGAUUGCACUUACAAGCAGGUAGACAAUCUGGGCAUGUAUCCACACAGUGUGGAACUAGAUGAAGCGUGGUAGUUCUCACACAGCCAGCAGGAGACAAUAAAAACAGACAAAAUAAAACAAAAGUCCAUAAAAUGUCCAAGUAAUAUAGUCCAACGCGUUUCGUCCAAUGGGGGGACUUCCUCAGGGAUCUGGAGUGCUUCUCCUAUGGACAAGCUUCUUAUACUGUUAGUAAUCUUCAUUAAUUCAAUCCGCAUGUCGGCGUGCGUUCUAUCCAUGGAACGCAGUAAUGUGUAUGCUGUGCGACUCAGGGAAGAGACAUAUGACGUAGACGUGAGAAAAUUGCAAUUUACAGAUAGACAUACAACGCAUGCGCACAGACUAACGGAAAAAAGGAGCCGAACACUAUGCGCAUGUGUGUAAUGUCUUUCGUCAGUAAGGAUAAACGAACGAAUAUCUUUCCUGUCUUGUGGCUGUUCACAGCCACAGCACAAAGCGGCUCCAUGGCAAAUGUAUUGCAAGUUUGAUAUGCUUGAUGUACUAUGUUGCAGAUUGCAGCCAGACUUUCAGGCAACUUUUAAAGUCUACUGCUCAGAACCUCUUUUUCAGGGACACCUGAAAGUAUUUCCUUAUUAAUUAAAAUUAAGUGUUCCAACUACAAGCCAAGUGGAAUAUUUAUUUAUAAAGCUAUAACAUAGAUCAGAUUGCUAUGAACAGACCCGUGCAAAAAUAUGUGGUGUUAGUGCGAGUUUAGACACAAUGGCCUCAAUUUAUUCUUUCCAAAGGAUUCAAAACUAUUAGAAAAUGUUUCUAAAUGAUUUAUCUACAAAAAUUCCUGUUGAUAUUAAUGGUGACUUCGGUUGAUAAAUUAUUUUCCUUUGUUGUCUUUCUUUCAGGAAUAUUUUUCAAGAUAUUCUUCACAGAGACACGUUUGUAAAGUCCUUUUUGGAACAGGUAUUUUUAUUGUAUCUUAAUGCAAGUUGUGACAUUUCUAUCUACAAGAUGAUUCACUAUUGCAAAGUAAAUUUCAAAUUCAAGUUAAAAAUAGCCAAACUAAAAAACAUGCAAACUGACUUGGAGAAUGUUUCCAAAGAUUUACAACCAGUAAUAAUGGAACCUUGCCUCGCCUAUGGCUGCAGGUAUCACUCCAGCUUAAGCCAGCAAAGUCUGUAACACUCUCCACUGAGACUGAGAAGUAGACCUUAGCUAUGCUUCUGGUUUGACUACUGUCCUUGAAUUUGAAAUUCUCUUUGAAUGCUAACUUUAUCAUAUAACUGCUAGUCUAUAUACCUGUUAACACAAUACUAUCAUUUUAUCGUUAAGAAUACGUUUGUGGAAUUUUAGGAGAAGUAUUUUGCCAUAUUUGCCUGAUUGUGGUGUGUCAUGGAGUAGGCAAAACAAAUUAUCUAGUUAACCCCUUAAGGACACAACUUCUGGAAUAAAGCUAAAAUUUUAUUUCAAGUUUUGUACACUGCAUGGAGUGUCGGUAAAUGUGUGAAUACAGAGUUAUAUUUGUUUGGAGAGUUGGUAUGUCUGAAUAGUGGGUACAUUUCUGUGGAGGGUUAAUGAGUAUGAACAUUUAGGGAUGCAGGUUUGUAGAAAACAUGUGUUUGUAUCCAAGCAUGUGUGAAUGUAAGAGUGUAUAGUUUUGUUAAAGGAACACUAUAGGUUCAGGAAUAGAAAGUGUAUUCCUGAUCCUGUAGUGUUUAAAAUGCAGUUAGCCCUCUUGCUCCCCUUAGAAAUUGUAAAAGCUCACCUUUAUUCUACUCCCCUUCAAUUCUCAUGAUGUCCGCCAAGGGGGUGGGGGCAGAGCCAAAUGUUGCCCUGGCAAAUCAGCAUCUCCUCAUACAGGUGCAAUGAAUCAAUGCAUCUCUAUUGGGAAAGUUCAGUGUCACCAUGCAGACCCUUUUUCCUCUAAAAAGGCAGUGUUCACAGCAAAAUGCCUGCAGGGACUGACUUUACUCACCAGAACAACUACAUUAAGUUGUAGUUGUUAUGGUGACUAUAGAGUCCCUUUAAAGGGACGCUAUAGUCACCAAAACAACUUUAGCUUAAUGAAGCAAUUUCGGUGUGUAGAUCAUGUUCCUGCUGUCUACCUCGACAUUUCUUUGCCAUUUUGGAGUUAAAUCACUUUGUUUAUGCAACUCUAGUCACACCUACCUGCAUGUGACUUACAUAGCCUUCCUAAACACUUCCUGUAAAGAGUCAUCUAAUGUUUGUACUUCCUUUAUUGUAAAUUCUGUUCAAUUUAAAAUGUAGUAUCUCUUGCUCUGUUAAUAGCUUGCUAGACCCUGCAGGAUCCUCCUGUAUGUAAUUAAAGUUCAAUUUACAGAGCAGGAGAUAAAAACAUCUAAAGUAAGUUAUCAAAUUGAAAACAAAACUAUAUUAUUUAAUGCAGGCUGUGUCAGUCACAGCCAAGGGAGGUGUGUGGUUAGGGCUGCAUGAACAGAAACAAAAGGGAUUUGAGCAGUGAUACUGCAGAAGCAUGAGCUAUACACCAAGGCUACUUCAUUAAGCUAAAGUUGUUUUGGUGACUGUAGUGUCCCUUUAACCUAGACACACAAGUGCUGCAGAAUGAAGUGUGUUUAGUGCAGCACAUGUAAGCAUAAAUCACCCCAAUAAGCACCUCAGUGACAUUUACUGAUGUCUAGGAAAGUGAAACUGACACUUUCAGAGCACUAACAGUUCUGCAUUAAGGGGAUGUUAAUAUUUUUUUCCUUAACAAGUUAAUUUGCUUGUAUGUCUUCCAUUAUGGUUGAGGAAAAUAUAAAGAGAAAGAGAUAUGCAUAAUAUUUGCCUGUGAGUUUAAUAAAAUGUUGACUUAUCAUUACAUUAGGAAAAUUCUCUAAUUCCCUACCUUAAGCAAACAUAUUUGUAUAUGGCCAGUCCACUUGCACAGAGUAUAUAGAUGGAAUGUAAUUUCCUACCCUUGACUGUCGUAUUUGUAUAUGAUCAGUCUGCAUUAUACAGCCUAGCAAGUUUUAAUAUCUGUUCUGUCGGAAGAAAUUACAGAUGGAAAUUGCAGAGAGGCACCUUGUUCAAAUAGAACAUAAGUAAUGUGUUGAUUAAAACUCAGCCCUUUAAACAUUUUUACUGAGCUGUACCAUAAUCAUAAACAGUUUCUGAGCAUUUUAGGUUCUGGCUGGUUUUGUUCAUCUGUCUCCUUAUGUGUCUUUAAACUUAUCUACACAGUGAAUGUGUAUUUAGUGCUUUUUUUAUACAUAUCUAUUUCUACACAAACAAAUUGCAUCCUUUUUAUUUUUGCAUAAUUCACCUUUUUUAUGCAUUAGGUCUUCCAGUUGAAACCUAACUUAUCCCUAAGAAGCACAUUCCUGGCACAGUUUCUGCUAAUACUUCACAGAAAGGCCUUGACCCUGAUUAAAUACAUAGAGGAUGAUACGUAAGUUCAUAGAUUUUACAUAAUUAAAACCCUAUAUAUAAAUAUCGCUAAAGAUCCUAAGAACAAUCCAUUUUGAUCAUCAUUUAAUUUUUGAUGUCUUUAAUUUGAUUGUGUGUAAUAUUAGAUAUUAAUACAUUGGAAGACUGUACAAGCAAAUAUGAUGCAUCUGUUAAUAAACUAAAGUUCCUAUAAACUAGUUCCAAGAAAAGAUGCGCUUCAAAGUUAUUUGAAAAGGGCUUGGAGGAACUAUUAUGGGUUAUUUUUGUGAUCAAUUUUGUUUUCCCCAUAUAAAAGAAGAAUAUAUUUGUUAGGAUCAUAGUAGUAUUUGAAUUUUUUCCCAUGAUCAUUUUAAAGAUUAAAAUUAUUUGUGUUUGUAUGUCUUUCAGACAAAAAGGCAAGAAAGUCUUUAAAUCACUACGUAGCUUAAAAACGGACCUGGAUCUGACAGUAGAGGGCGAUCUAAACAUUAUCAUGGCUUUAGCUGAAAAGAUUAAGCCAGGGCUUCACUCCUUCAUAUUUGGAAGGCCUUAUCACAUCAGUGUGCAAGAGAGAGACAUGUUAAUGACAUUUUAAAAAUGUCCACAAUCAUGCUGAAAGUUAUAAUGCUUCUGUAUGGACAUAUCCGACAUUCUAUAAAGUGCCAGGAUUCACAUGGACAGAGACAGUAACUGGUAUUGGGUUUUUUCUAUCCUUUUCUGAAGGUGCCUCAUUUGUUCUCACAUACAGAAAAUAUUGAAACCGUGGAAUCACUUUGCAUGUUGUCAUGUCUGCUGUAUGAUCUGACCAUUCUGAUUAUUAGUAGACUGAGUAUAUAUGAAUGAGCUGAUUUGUUUAUGUUUUUGUGCUGAACACAGAUCAAUGUGAAUCUAGGCAGAAGACUUAACCAGAGAUAUUGACAAAAAGGUGAAAUUACACAAUAUAAUUCACAAUGUAUCUGGUUUGUAUAGCUUCUGGAAGUAAAAUGUAUUAUGUUUCUUAAAUUUUAUUUAUAAAAAUGAUCAAAAUGUCUACAAAGCAACUUUCUUUUUUUUUUUUUUUUGAGAGGUAUUGUCAUCCAUGUAUAUAUUGAGGUAUGUGUUAAGACAAAUCUUUACAUCGUGUAACAUUUUUGUGCCAGCUUGCAUAAGUACCUUUAUGAUUGCUGUGUUCUUGGAAUAAAGAUCUUUGUGCCUAAUUUUUGUGUCCCUAGCUCAGAACAGUAUGCGUUUAUUUAGAAUAAUUACUGUGCUUGGAAAGAGCAAGCUGAUGUUUAACCCCUUAAGGACAUAGCUUCAAAAGAGUGUCUGUCCCUUAGAGGGACACUAUAGUCACCAGAACAACUACAGCUUAUUGAAUUUGUUCUGGUGAGUAGAAUCAUUACCU